AAUAAUGAAGCUUUGUCUGUGACCAGUCAGACAGACUGAACACAGAAGGACUGAGGCACUGAAGGGACCACAGAAUCCACCAGACCAACAGGAUCCUUCAGACCAACACGAUCCAUCAGACCAAAAGGAUCCCCAGGGCAGAUUUAGGUUUUCAGACUCGUCGAGGUUGAUCAGAGUCAGUAAGUUCCUGAUGUUUUGUAUCUACCUGAGUUGACCUUUAAUAACAUGUUUUGACCUUUAUUGACCUGUGGUGUUCAGGUUUCUUCUGAUGGUGAGUCUCUGCAGACACAGAGAGAGGAUAAAACUCACUAAAACAGACUCUGUCUGCAGAAACAAAGAGUUAAACUCUGUGUGUGUGUGUGUGUGUGUGUGUGUGUGUGUGUGUGUGUGUGUGUGUGUGUGUGUGUGUGUGUGUGUGUGUGUGUGCGUGUUAAUCUGUGCUGGUAUUUUUAUUCUGACUGAUCUCAGAAUUUCCAGCAGAGAUUAGAGCCGCUUUCUUUCCCACAUUUAUCCGAAAACACAGUCUAUGAAACCUUCAGCCUGACUGUGUUUGCGCCUGUGCCUGUGUUUGUGUGUGUGUGCGUGUGUGUGUGUGUGUGUGUGUGUAUGUGUGUGUGUGUGGGGGGGGGGGGGGUAAUGAAAAAACAACACUACUGUGUGUUAAAUAGACUCACACACUCCUGUCAGGCUGCUGGUCAACAUUCCUCUGAGCAUCUGAACAAACGCACAACAACCACAGAGGGGGGUUGUGUUCAAAGGGUUCAGUGUCUCCAGAUGAUAAAAAUGACAGUUUUUAUGGACCUUUUGUGGUUAUUUUCAUGUUUUCCCUGGAAUUAACAGGAUAGAAAAAAAGUCUGACCAGCUGACAACAUUAAGAGCAACACGAGUGACGUGAGAGUCAGGAACAGCGAUGACCAACACAUUGAACAAGAAAAACAACAACAUCCAUGCUAUAAACUUUAUGAACAGCCUGAAAUACAACACACUGUAAAGGACAGCAGAGACUUUACUUACAUUAGAGACAAGGAGGACAGAUAUGAUGUGAUGACAACAAGCAUCAGAGAUACCUAAGACAUGUCUUUCUCUACACUUGCUCCUGAAAAUACGAAUGUUAGAAAAAGGAGAAUGGAAAUAGAAAUCAAUAAGAAUAAAUAAGAAUUUGCAACAGUCAGUACAAAGUGGAGAGUGUUUAAGAAAUUAGCCAUGUUUAAGCAUAAGAAUGUGCAAUAUCCUACACUACAAACUGUUUUUAAUACAGAGUAUUUUUAUACAGUUAAACUAAGUAUUGUACAGAGUAUUUAUAUACAGGUAAACAGUAUUAUACAAAGUAUUUAUAUACAGUUAAACAGAGUAUUAUACCGAGUAUUUAUAUUGCUGUAACUACCGGUGAUCGGCGCAUGUGCACUUGAUAUAAAGGAUUACAUAAGAUUACAAAGAAAACAAGGAGAGACAUUUAAGGGCAAAUCAAAUAAAUAAGCAUCAGAGACACUGAAGUCUAAAGAGAUUGAAGACAAAUAAGACAAAUUAAGGCAAAUAACAAAACAGUUAUUAGACAACUAACAACAAUGAAAUGAAUACUAAGGAAAGAGUAUUGGAAUAUUAUGCAUUAAAGAUACUGAAGACAUAAAAGUAAUUUCUAAAAAGUAAACAAACAACUUUUCAGUCACUUAAAGUCAUAACUGGUGUCAAAAUAACUAUGACAUUAGAAGCACAAGUAAAUGAAGACAUAAAGCAUUUAAAAAAUUAUAAAAAAAACAACAACUGAGCUUUGAGACAUUCAAAACACCUGUUUGUAUUAUGACAUUAAACUUAUAAAAGUAGAAAAGACCUUCUGAACAUGAUAUGGAUAAAAGAUUAAAGACACUACAGUCAUAAAGGUCUUAAGAGACAUAAGACAUUUUGAUCAAAACCAUGCUGAUUCAGAACAGGUCAACAACAUACAGCUACUGAUUAAUGACAUAAGGACACUGAAGAGAUAAAAGACAUGAAGACACUGAAAAGAUAAAAGAUAUGAAGACACUGAAGAGAUAGAAGACAUUAGAAUAUCGUAGGAAUUAAAGACAUCAGAAUACUGCAAAGAGUAGGACAAAAAGACAUUGAAGUGAUAAAAGAUAUGCAGACACUUUAGAGACAAAAGACAUAAAAGUGUAGAUAUAAAAUACAGAAAAGGUAGUGUAGAGAUUAAAGACAUGAAGUCACUGAAGAGAUUAAAGACAUGAAGACACGAAAGAGAUAAAGAACAUUAGAAUACUGUAGAGAUCAAAGACAAGAAUACUGCAGAUAUUAAAGACAUGAAGACACUGAAGACAUAAUAGACAUUACAAAACUGUAAAGAUUAAAGACAUUAGUAAACUGUAAAGAUUAAAGACAUAAAGACACUGUAGAGAUGAAACACAUAAGUAUACUGUAGAGAUUAAAGACACUUUAGACGUAAUAGACAUGAGAAUACUGCAUAAAGACACUGUAGAGAUGAAACACAUAAGUAUACUGUAGAGAUUAAAGACACUUUAGACGUAAUAGACAUGAGAAUACUGCAGAGAUUAAAGACAUAAAGACACUGUAGAGAUAAAAAACCCUGUAGAGUACAUUGUAGAGAUAAAAGACAAAGACACUGUAGAGGUUAAAGACAUGACGAUACUGUAGAGAUUAAAGACAUGAAAACACUGUAGUCGUAAGAGACAUGAAGAUACUGAAGAGAUAAAAGACGUAAGUGUGAUGCCUCUCAGGCAUUUCUGUUUAGUUUAUAUUUACAGUGUGCUUUAAAAUAAUUAAAAUAGUAUGUUUUGUAGUUAAAAAAAUGACAGUAAAAAGGUUAAAAGUUGUUAAGAAAUUCCUUUAUUUUGACAGUCAAGCUGCUGGUCACCUCAUUACCUGUUCCGUCACUGGUAUCGGUUAAUUUCCUGUUUACAGUCCUUUUCUUCCUGGACAGAGAGGGAGGCAGACAUGCUCUGAAGCUAUCCGUAGCCAUCCACUUUGAAAUAUUGUAUAGGCAACGCUGUAAGUUUGCACAUUUCAUGUUUAAGGUUUUAAAAAACGAUAAAUACUGUUAGUUGCUAAUCAUAUAUAAUUUAUGUGUAAUUAAAAAGGACAUUUUGCCUACCCUGUUUACGCAUUUAAAAAACAGCUUACAGCUAUGUUAAUUCAUGUAUUUCAGUUAUUUGAAAUAUUAUUUCUUCUGUAUUUCUGCAGUUUUCACCAUCAUGUCCAAUGUCAUUGAAGACCAUUGAGUAUAAAAGGUCAACUCCACCACGACUUGUCUUGUAUUGGACUCGGUUUAACUCGGUGUUAAAACAGAGUUGCUACACUCUGAGUGAGAACACUACAGUGAAAAGGCGGCAAUCAACGUUUCGAAGUGUUUGAGAUGGCAGCUAGCAACAAGUCCGGAGCUAGCAGCAGCGCCCUAUCGUCGUCAUCAAGUGCUGCUCGUGCCAGAGCUAAAGUCGAAGCUGCUAAGGUAAGAGCUUCAUACUAGAGAAGCAGAAAGGAAAACAAGAGAAUCUCAGAACGAGUAAGAAACAGCUAGAAUCAACACAGAACUGGAAGUGCUACUGCUACAGCGUGAAGCUGAGGCAGCCAUUGCAGAAGCACAAGCUUUGGAGGAUGUGGAAGCCAUAGUGGACAACAAAAACGCAGAAUCAGAAGAAAGGUUCAGACAGCAACGCACCAGUGAUUAUGUUCAAUCUCAGAUUAAUCAGAAUCAGCCUACAUCUCCACCUGCACAGGUCCCGCCUGUGAAACCUCCAGACCAAGCUGAGUCACAGGACAGUUUCCGGACAUGGCUCCCACCUGAAACCAUAAAAGUGAUUCAACCUACUAGUAACAACAUUAAGCCUAGAAAAGAAGAAGAAACACACUUACCUACACCAAAUCUGUCUGAACUAAAUAAAGUUGAAUCAAAGACUGACGACUGGGCUGUCGUAUUUAGAUACCUCCCGAGGUAUUGGACCAAUCGUAGACAAGCUUCCAUACGGACUCCAGGAAAAGUGGGUGUCAUCUGGGUCAUGGUACAAAGAAGAGAAUAAUGGUCGCUUCCCUCCCUUCCUCUAUUUUUGUGACUUAGUGUGCCAUGAGGCAAAGAAGCGAAAUGACCCCAGCUUUAUCUAUCAAACCAGUGGCCCAAACCCUACAAAGCCAGAACAACUUCCUGUGAAGAGUUUUAACACAAACAGAGCUAUCACAGUUCACAAAACAGAGGUCUCUACAAAUGACAGCGAUCCUAACAAGAACUGCCCACUGCACGACAAACCACACCCACUCAAAAAAUGUAGAACAUUCAGACACAAAUCCAUCGACGAAAGAAAGGCUUUUCUAAAACAGAAAGGAAUAUGCUUCAAGUGUUGUUCUUCGACCUCACAUGUAGCCAAAGACUGCAAAUCUUCUGUGAAGUGUUCAGAGUGUGAAAGCACCUAUCAUGAUGCAGCCAUGCACCCUGGCCCACCGCUUCAACCCACCAAGGCUCCUCCACUGCAACAAGAGAACGGUGGGGAGAGAGAAGAAUCUAACCUGACUGAUGUUAGAACAAGAUGCACAGAAGUUUGCGGCCUAGGUCAGUGGGGUCGUUCCUGCUCCAAGAUCUGUCUGGCAAGAGUUUACCACGAACAUUCAAAGCACAAAGCUAUCAAAGCGUAUGUAAUGCUGGAUGACCAGAGCAACCGCUCUUUAGCCAGACCUGAGUUCUUUGAGCUGUUCAAUGUGGAGAACAAGCCACUCGUGUAUCAUCUCAGAACAUGCUCAGGCAUCAUGCAAGCUUAUGGAAGGAAGGCUGAAGGAUUUCAGAUGGAGUCACUAGAUGGAAAAGUGCUCAUCUCUCUUCCACCGCUCCUCGAGUGUCGUGAAAUCCCAAACAAUCGAGUUGAGAUCCCAACACCAGCCUCAUCUCCAACACAUCGCCAAGCACAUUCCUGAGCUGGACCCAGAAGCGGAGAUACUCCUGCUAUUCGGGAGAGACGUGCUGAGAAUACACAAGGUCAGGCAACAAAUCAAUGGACCACAUAACGCUCCCUUUGUACAGCGCCUCGAUCUCGGCUGGUUGGUGAUAGGAGAAGUGUGCCUAGGUGAUGUGCAUAAGCCCACAGUUGAUACAUUCAAGACCCAUGUGUUAGAUGGUGGUCGCCAUUCCAUUUUCCAGCCUUGCACAAGUUUCAUGUGUGUCAAGGAAACACAAACAAGCUUCAGCCAGCCUAGCAAAUCCCCAGAGAAGAUGCUCGGACACACAGUGUUUGACCAAACCGAACACGAUAACAAACCUGCUCCGUCAAUAUAAGACAUUCUCUUUCUGAAGAUCAUGGACACCAAUGUCCACAAAGACGACGCUCACAACUGGGUCGCCCGUUACCCUUCAAGGAGCCACGUGAGCACUUGCCAAACAACAGAGAGCAUGCAGUCAAGCGGUUUGAAUCCCUGCGAAGACAAUUCAAGAGGAACCCUAACAUGCAGAAACAAUACGUGGUGUUCAUGGAGAAGAUCUUUGCCAACCGUCAUGCAGAAGUUGCGCCGCCAUUGGAGCCAGACGAGGAGUGUUGGUAUCUUCCAUUGUUCGGAGUAUACCACCCACAGAAGCCCAAUCAAAUCAGGGUAGUUUUUGAUUCCAGCGCCCAGUGCUCCAGCGUCUCCCUCAAUGACAUGCUUCUGACGUGUCCUGACCUUAACAAUUCUCUCCUCGGGGUUCUUCUACGUUUUCAGAAGGAGAGAGUCGCUGUCCUAGCCGACAUUCAACAAAUGUUUCAUUGUUUUCCGCUACAUGAGAACCAUUGCAACUUCCUUCGUUUUUUGUGGCACGAGGAUAACGACCUCAGUAAGUCAAUUGUCGAUUACCGCAUGAGAGUUCAUGUUUUUGGCAAUUCGCCAUCUCCUGCUGUAGCCAUUUAUGGCCUGCAAAGAGCCAUUGCUGAAGGCUCCCAGAAAUAUGGACCUGACACAGUGAAGUUUGUGGAGAGACAUUUCUAUGUAGACGAUGGCUUGCUGUCCUUGCCAUCUGAAGCAGAAGCAAUCGAUCUUCUCCGACGAACUCAGGCUUCACUUGCCGAAUCAAACCUUCACCUGCAUAAGUUCGUGUCAAACAGCCCAAUCGUCAUUGGAGCUUUCCCACCUGAGAACUGUGUUCCAGUCGUCAAGGAUCUGAAUCUGAGUGGAGAAACAGCACCCAUGCAGUGGAGCUUGGGCCUGCUAUGGGAGAUCAAGUCAGACACAUUCACGUUCUCUGCAUCCACUAUUGUCAAACCUUUCACCCGACGUGUAGUCCUCUCUACUGUCAACAGCGUUUUUGAUCCCCUGGGUUUGUUGGCCCCCGUCACGAUCCAGGGAAGAGCCCUCCUUCGGGAACUUACCUCAGAGCUAUCUGACUGGGAUAAACUCCUCCCAGAGGACAAGCUGAAGAAAUGGGAAACCUGGAGAGAUUCUCUUCAAGUCUUAAAGGAGCUGCAUGUGCCACGCACCUACACCCCAACUUCACUCCUCACCGCUGUGCACACAGAAUUGUGUGUGUUCUCAGAUGCUGCAACUAAGGCAAUCGGAGCCGUCGCUUAUCUGAGAGCACUUCAAGAGGACGGAGAAGUUGAAGUGGGUCUGGUUAUGGGCAAAGCCAAGUUAGCGCCUCAGUCGGAACCCACAAUCCCAUGCCUUGGACUCUGCGCCGCAGUUCUUGCUGUAGAGACGGCAGAUCUCAUCCAAGAGGAGCUCGAUCUGAAACUGGACGCUAUCAGAUUCUACACGGACAGCAAGGUGGUGCUCGGUUACAUCUGUAACACAACAAAACGCUUCUACACAUACACAGAGAUCCGACUACAGGUUCGUACCUGCGCUACUAACCUGGAGGAACCUGGACUCACCUCUGACCGCUUUCAGCACUUUUCUACUUUCAACUCUCUAAUACAAGCAGUAGCGUUCCUCAUCCACGUGGCAAGAUCUCACAAACAUAAUAACAAAAACAAAAACCUCGUACUGUGGAAGAGAUGACUCAAGCCAAAGAUGUUAUUCUUCAAGCUGCACAAAGGUCAACCUUUGCAAGAGAGCUCUCAGCCCUUCAAAGGAACAAAGCGGUGCCAUCAAACAGCCCUUUGCACAAGCUCAGUCCAACUUUAGAGGGCCACCUCAUCUGCGUUGGAGGCAGAUUGAAACACUCAGAGCUUACAGUUCAAGAGAAGAACCCAGUAAUCCUAGCUAAAGACAGUCACAUCUCCCUACUGCUUGUACGACAUCAUCAUGAGCAAGUGAGACAUCAAGGUCGCCAUCUCACCGAUGGUGCAGUAAGGGCAGCUGGGCUGUGGAUUUUGGGACCUACCGCCUGAACGCCUCAAGGUCGCCCCUCCGUUCACGCAUGUGGGCCUUGAUGUUUUUGGGCCUUGGUCUGUUAUAACCAGACGCACCAGAGCGGGACAGGCCAAAAGCAAACGGUGGGUCAUGAUGUUCAGCUGUUUAAGUUCAAGAGCUGUCCACAUUGAACUGAUCGAGUCUAUGGACAUGUCCAGCUGUAUAAGCGCACUCAGGCAUUUCUUUGCUCUCUGAGGCCCUGCUCGGCAGCUUCAGUCUGACUGCGGCACCAACGUUAUUGGCACCAGCAGGGAGUUGGAGAUAGACAAGACGGUGCAACAAUACCUCAGCAAGAAACGAUGUAGCUGGAACUUCAGACCUCCAAAUGCUUCCCACUUUGGAGGUGCCUGGGAGCGCAUGAUUAGAGUGGCUUGGAGAAUUCUAGAUUCAAUGCUCUUGCAACAAAAGAGUCGCCUGACCCACGAGGUGCUUUCAACGCUAAUGGCGGAAGUCACAGCUAUCAUCAACGCGCGACCGCUCUUACCUGUGACUACAGACCCUCAACAACCAUUCAUUCUUUCACCCGUGAUGCUCCUCACACAGAAGUCAGGGGUUCCACCGCCUCCUGGAGAAUUCACGGACAAGGAUCUUUACACAAAGCAAUGGAGGCAAGUUCAAGUGCUCGCAAACCAGUUUUGGACUCGCUGGAGACAAGAAUACUUGUCGUCCUUGCAACGAAGACAAAAAUGGACUUUGCCACGCAGAAACCUUAAAGUCGGAGAUCUGGUACUCCUCAGGGAUAAACAGACUGUCCGUAACUGCUGGCCCAUGGCAAUAGUCACCGCGACACUUCCCCAGAAAGGAUGGACAUGUCAGAAAGGUUGAGAUAAAAACGACUGACCAAGGUGAUGCAAGAACCUUUCUAAGGCUGUUGCAGAAGUAGUCCUGCUUCUGCCUAAGGACUGAUUGGACUAAGACUAAUGUCUCAGACCCCGCAAGUUCAUAGUGGCCUCACAUAGGCCAGACGGGGAGUGUGAUGCCUCUCAGGCAUUUCUGUUUGUUUUUUUUAUUUACAGUGUGCUUUAAAAUAAUUAAAAUAGUAUGUUUUGUAGUUUAAAAAAAUAAAAGUUAAAAUAAAAGUUGUUAAGAAAUUCCUUUAUUUUGACAGUCAAGCUGCUGGUCACCUCAUUUCCUGUUAGGUCACAGGUAUCAGUUAAUUUCCUGUUUACAGUCCUUUUCUUCCUGGACAGAGAGGGAGGCAGACAUGCUCUGAAGCUAUCUGUAGCCAUCCACUUUGAAAUAUUUUAUAGGCAACGCUGUAAGUUUGCACAUUUCAUGUUUAAGGUUUUAAAAAACGAUAAAUACGGUUAGUUGCUAAAAAUAUAUAAUUUAUGUGUAAUUAAAAAGGACAUUUUGCCUACCCUGUUUACGCAAUUAAAAAAACAGCUUACAGCUAUGUUUUUCAUGUAUUAUAUAUAUAUGUAUUUCAGUUAUUCAAAAUAUUAUUUCUUCUGUAUUUCUGCAGUUUUCACCAUCAUGUCCAAUGUCAUUGAAGACCAUUGAGUAUAAAAGGUCAACUCCACCACGACUUGUCUUUUAUUGGACUCGGUUUAACUCGGUGUUAAAACAGAGUUGCUACACUCUGAGUGAGAACACUACAGUAAGAAUAUUGUGUUAAUUAAAGACAUUAGAACACUGCAAAGAGUAGGAUAAAAAGACAUUGUAGAGAUAAAAGAUGUGAAGACACUGAAGAGAUAAAAGACGUUAUAAUAUUGUAGGAAUUAAAGACAUUAGAAUACUGCAAAGAGUAGGACAAAAAGACAUUGUUGUGAUAAAAGAUAUGAAGACACUGUAGAGACAAAAGACAUAAAAGCACGGUAGAGAUAAAAUACAAAAGGAAGUGUAGAGAUUAAAGACAUGAAGUCACUGAAGAGAUUAAAGACACGAAGACACCAAAGAGAUGAAGAACAUUAGAAUACUGCAGAGAUCAAAGACAUAAGAAGACUGCAGAGAUUAAAGACAUUAAGACACUGAAGACAUUAUAGACAUUACAAAACUGUAAAAAUUAAAGACAGUAGUAUCCUGUAAAGAUUAAAGACAUAAAAACACUGUAGAGAUGAAACACAAUAGUAUACUGUAGAGUUUAAAGACAUUAGUAUAUUGUAGGGAUUAAAGACUUUAAGACACUGUAGAGAUAAUAGACAUUAGAAUACUGCAGAGAUUAAAGACAUAAAGACACUGUAGAGAUAAAAGACAUGAAGAAACUGUAGAGAUUAAAGACAUUAAAAAAAACUGUAGUCAUAAAAGACAUGAAGAUACUGAAGAGAUCCUUACUUUGAAGGCUUAAACUAUUUGAACCAGGACAGCAUGUAUGCAUCUCAACCUUCCAAUUCUGGAGCGUGGCUGCGCAUGUCUACUUGGAAAGCCGGGUGCAUGUACGCAUUUCUACCCUUCAAGCCGGGAGAAGUGUGUACGCAUUUUAACCUUCCAAGCCAGCGGCGCCACUACGCAUUUCUACUCUUUAAGCCGGGAGCACAGAUACGCCAUUUUGUAGCAUUCUGUAGUUUUUCAAUCAUUCCUGGAGUUGUGGUGAAUCAAAUCAUUCUACCCGUCUGCCUCUGACAGGCUAAUAAAGCUUAAUAAAGAGAUCGGAUUCAUGCUUGGAUCUUGCUAUGUGCUUCGUGAGAAAAGUAAAGACUGACAGUGGCAGAGAGCAGCUUCGGAGGAGAAGCAUCCAGCAGUGUGAACAACCUCUUCAUAUUGAAUGCUUUGGCUCACACUAUCGGCCUUUUGUGUGAGUGUUGCAUGACUUUGGUUGAGCACAGAGACGAACACAAUGUCAGCCAGUAUUUUUUUAUUUUUUAGUGCUGUUUUUGUACUGGCACUAUACUGGGGCAGCUGCAUACCCUUCCAACACCUUAUUUUUUAUAUUUACAUUUGUAUUGAAUGAACACUUCAUCACGACUGCCACUUGUUUUACAAAAAGCAAAUAGUUUGUUAUUCUCCAGUGCAGAGUCUUUACUUUUAUUUAUACAGCUGCCUUAUUCCAUUUGAGUUUGUUUGUUCAAGGUUUUCAAAUAUGUAAUGAAAGUUUGGAAAAAUAAAAGAUAGUUAUCUUGAAAGCCACAUGUGUAAGCUCUCAAAUACUUUUUGAAUUUUGUUUCUAUUUGCUACAGAGGCUGAGAUAGCGUUUUUGUAAACCUCAACACUUCACAAAAUCACAAAAAAAAAAAAAAAAUCUCAGGAUCUGGGGGGCCCUUCUCAAAAUUGCCCUCAGGAUUUCAGAGGCGUGUCUCAGACAGGGUUCAGGUCUUAAUGGGUUAAACAUGCAGGAUCCGUACUGAGCACCGUGACCGUAACGUCAGUGUUACGUACCACACAGCAAAUAUGUUCCCAUUCUAAUCAAUUCAGCAUCACAAGACACGUAUCAGCUCCGUCACAGUUCUUUAUUAGAAGCGUAUCGAGACUGCUUAAGAUACGCACCAGGGGCCUCAUGUAUCAACACUUGCGUGGAACUCAUACCAGAAACGAGCGCACGCAAGGUCCGUCACGCUGAAAAAAAUCCGUAUGUAUCAAUGUGUGCGGGCGCCGAAAUCCACGUGUGUUUCCUUGAUAAAUCCCAAUCAGCGUGGAAUUGAGCGCAGAUGUCGGAGUGACUGGGCCCGUCCCCGUUACGCCCUCCUAUAAAUAUGCAGAUUUAUUUAAAUAGGGUCUCCCUGUCCUCGCACGCAGACAAAAUGACAAGAAAAACUACAUUUACGGCGUGCGAGGUGGAGGUGCUGGUGGCGGAGGUGGAGGAGCGACAGCGUGUUUUGUUUGGCAGCCUGUCCAGUGGCGUCAGUGCAAAACAAAAACGCUUGGAGUGGGAGAAAGUUUGCGAGAGGGUGAAUGCGGUGGGUUCCGAGACACGCACCCCCGCGGAGAUUAAAAAAAAGUGGUCGGACCUCAAGGUGGAGGUCAAGCGGCGUACAGCUGCCCUCCGGAGGAGUACCGGCCAGACAGGUGGGGGUCCGGGGGAGGAGACCCUCACACCGUUUGAGCAGCGGGUGGUGGCGAUUAUUAUUAUAGGGUAAGUGGCGUGUCAUACAAAUGUCCACAUGCUUUGUCAUCCCACUGAGCAAAAGACGUAUAUUAGACGUCUAGUCUAAGUUUAUACUUCAUUUCAACGUCGGGAUUCAGUCUAUUUUUAGACGUGAUUUAUACUUCGCCCUUAACUUCAUUUUUCGAUAACUUUUUGUGCAAUAAACAACUGUAAUGUGCAUAACUGACCUCGAAAUACUGGAUUACAUUACCUAUGAUACCGUGGAGAGAGAUGUAAACGCAACAGAUACACAGAAGCAGGAAUUGAAAUGAACUAAUAUUUUUAUUGUGUCACAGAAAUUAAUGUGUCGGCCGUGUCGCCGGCUUGCGGAACCCCGGCCCGCGGCAGCCCGUCCGCCGGCUCAGAGUCGUCGGCCAGGACCAGCGGCAUUCGGGCCACCCCGGCCCCCGGCCCCAGCACCAGCGCGUCGACAAGCGGUGGAGCGUCCACCAGCCGCGGCGCUUCCACUGGACCACCCGGACGCAGUGGAAGGGUCCUCGCGGAGGGGGUCCUGCAAUCGCAGGAAGAAAUCAUCAGGGGGAUCGCGGGGAUCAACGAGCGGCUGGACCGGCUCGUAAAUUUCCUCGAGCGUCUGGUGGAGAAAAUAAAUUAAUUUGGCUCAUUGAACUGUGUAUUCACUUCUUACCCAUUCACACUGUGGCGAUGAGAUUCUCCCGCGCGAGGACGGUGGCCCGGCAGGGAUCAGCUCGCAUCCCUCCGUCUGCUGCUGGUUCGUCAUGUGGGGCGACGUGCUGCCCGGUCACGGGGAUGUGGUGCACGCUUGUCACAUAGUGAGUCACCAAACACCGCCACACAGCGUCGCCAAAGUGCGAAUCACAGUCAACGCAAAUAUCCAGCUCAACGCCAAUUUCUACACCACCUCCUGACUUUGCGUUGAUUAGCGCUGGAACCGACGCUCGUUUCGCGAUGAUAAAUCUGGACGUGUGCGCCGAUUUUGGCGUACGCAAGGUUUUCUUGCGCCGCAAGCGUUGAUACAUGAGGCCCCAGGUCUAAUGCUGCUCUAUGCCUCCAACAUGCGUCAAUUAACACAAAGAAGAUCGUUCUAAACAGGAUGUCAAGCACAAAAAACGUGCAUGUCAUCCAGUAUUUCAAAAUAAAACACCAUAUGCAGACUACUGACUGUGUAUCAGUUUGUGUAGAUGAGAAAUAUUUUCUGGUUAUGGAUUUAUCAGUAACACAGAGCAGUUUGUUGGUCAAUCCCUGAUCCAUGCAGACCCCAACAGGACUUUUAACUGCUAACUCUGUCCGAAGGUAACAGCACAGCAUAAAGAAACAUAGUUUACUUUCUUAAACACGAGUAAACCUGCAAAAACAGAAACUGUAAAACCACGUUGCUUUAUCACAUAUACAGUAGUAGAGGCUCAACAGUUACUGAAUUAUAUCCAAAUUAGCAGGAAAUAGACCACAGAAAGGCAAAACAACCUGUUGUGAGCAUGUGUUGUUUCCUAUAUACUGAGCCCAGCUGACCGGGACUGCACUACGCUGCUGCUGUGCUCCAAAUACACAUCCUGUAUGCAAUACCCAGUGCCGCUCUACUAAGCAGAUACCCGACACCGCUCAUUACGGAUCCUGUAUGUUUUUGGGCUGAGUCUGACAUAAGAUCAGAUUAACCGUCACCCUAUCUGGAAUAUUAACUCUUUUUCCCCGCUCUUCACAGGUGGUCUCCAUGUUCAGCUAUAGGAGCUGUCUGCAGCCCAUAAAGGGGGUUCUGGGUCUGCCCCUGGUCCUGGUUGUACUGGGUCCACUCCUUGCCCUUUCUGCCACCCCAGGAGACAUUGAUGGAGAUGUGUUUGACCUGGAGAACUACGACCUGACCAAUGAGAUGGACUGGGACAACCUGGACGCCAACACUUACGGAGACAGCUACGAUUAUGACGAGCUGGACCAGGAGGUAGGUGUGUCUGUUUGUGUGUUUGUUUCUCUGUAUAAACCUGUACAGUCUGAGGACACGACACUGAUUCUUGAGAGAUUCUGCAGUUUGAUGUCAGGUGUGCGUUGACAUCCAAAAUGACAAAUCAAAAGAGUUAUGACUGAAUAAAGGUGAACUUUCAAUUAUUGGCUGGCACAUCUUUAUAUUUACUGAUAUAUAUAUAUAUAUAUAUAUAUAUAUAUAUAUAUAUAUUUUCACACACACCUGCCCUAUUAUUCCUGUAUGGGUUCUUCUUUCUUUUUAGGGCCCGAGCGUAGCUGCUAAGCAGCUGCGAGAGCCCUCUUGUUCCUGAUGGGUUCUUCUUUCUUCUUUCUUUCUUUCGUUCUUUCUUUAGGGCCCGACAUAGCUGCUAAGCAGCUGCGAGAGCCCUAUUAUUCCUGUAUGGUUCUUCUUUAGGGCCCGAGCCAGCUGCAGAGCAGCCGGGCGUAGAGCCCUAUUAUUCCUGAAUGGUUCUUCUUUAGGGCCCGAGCGUAGCUGCUAAGCAGCUGCGAGAGCCCUCUUGUUCCUGCAUGUUUCCUUCUUUCGUUAGGGCCCGAGCGUAGCUGCUAAGCAGCUGCGAGAGCCCUCUUGUUCCUGAUGGAUUCUUCUUUUUAGGGCCCGAGCGUAGCUGCUAAGCAGCUGCGAGAGCCCUCUUGUUCCUGAUGGAUUCUUCUUUCGUUAUUUUUCCUCCGCUUUAAACUGGAAAAUGGCCCACUUCCCACUGGCGAAAACUCAGGAAAUUUGGCAGGACGACCGGGCCUGGUGAAAAAUUUGAUAUUCUGAAGUCGCCCAAACAAAAAAAUGAAAAAUGGCUCCAUAGCGCCCCCUAUGGUGAAAAUUCACCUGACGCCUGUACGCUUUGUCAAAAUGACACAAAAUUUGACACACAUGUGUAUCUCAAUAAGACCUACAAAAAAGUCAGUGCGGGCGUAUCUGUCAAAUGUACGGUUAAAGGGCUAUUUCGCAUUUUUUGCCGAUCCGCACACAUUGGAAUUUCGCUAACUCCUCCGAAGGCUUUCUUUCCACCGGCACCAAAUUUGCUCAGGCCAAUCUACACCCCAUGGCCAUUAAAAGUUGUACAAAUCAUGACGCUGCACCCCACGGUUUACGUUCUAGGGGGCGCCAAAGAUAACCCAAAAAUCCACAUUCUUAAAAGUCUUAUAACUUUUUAUUUUUGUCCUCACUGGCCUCCAAGUUUUCUAGGAUGAUGCAAUGUCCAGCCAUCAACACAUUUGUGAAGGAAUUUUUACUCCCCAAAAGAGCGCCCCCCCAUGGCAGGUGAAAAAAGUCCAUUUUUUCUUGUCCCCUAACAUGAAAAUACACAUUGUUGAGUGUCACGCCUAUAAGCUUUGUCAUAUUGACCCAAAAUUUGACAAUCACGUGAAUCUCAAUAAGAUCUACGAAAAAGUCAAUGGGCACGUAUCUGUAAAAUGUACGGUUAAAGGGUUAUUUCGCAUUUUUUCCCGAUCCGCACACAUUGGAAUUUCGCUAACUCCUCCGAAGGCUUUAGUUCCACCGCCACCAAAUUUACUCAGGCCAAUCUACACCCCAUGGCCAUUAAAAGUUGUACAAAUCAUGACGCUGCACUCCACGGUUUAGGUUCUAGGGGGCGCCAAAGAUAACCCAAAAAUCCACAUUCUUAAUAGUCUUAUAACUUUUUAUUUUUGUCCUCACUGGCCUCCAAGUUUUCUAGGAUGAUGCAAUGUCCAGCCAUCAACACAUUUGUAAAGGAAUUUUUACUCCCGAAAAGAGCGCCCCCCCAUGGCAGGAGAAAAAAGUCCAUUUUUUCUUGUCCCCUAAGGUGAAAAAACACAUUGUUGACUGUCACGCCUAUACGCUUUGUCAAAAUGACACAAAAUUUGACAAUCACGUGCAUCUCAAUAAGAUCUACGAAAAAGUCAAUGGGCACGUAUCUGUAAAAUGUACGGUUAGAGGGUUAUUUCGCAUUUUUUGCAGAUCUGCACACAUUGGAAUUUCGCUAACUCCUCCUAAGGCUUUCGUCCCACCGACACCAAAUUUGCUCAAGCCGAUCUACAUCCCAUGGCCAUUCAAAGUUGUAAAAAUCAUGACGCUGCACCCCACGGUUUACGUUCUAGGGGGCGCCAAAGAUGACCCAAAUAUCCACAUUCUUAAAAGAAUCCCCCCCCCCCCCCCCCAAGGCAGGAGAAAAAGUCAAGUUAACCCUGCCCAUCGCUCAAUGGCUCAAUCGCAUCGCUCUCCCGGCAACACCGUAACGAGGAGCAACUUGCCAUUUGGAUAUAUCCUAGCUGUGUUUGUGCCCUCACUCAUGGAUCAGACUUUUUUCAAAUAGGACAUGUAGUUUGUCUGCAGCGACCGUUUUGGUAGAAACUGUGCCUCCCAUUCAUUAUAAUGGGAAAUGACCACAGACAAGUGCGCACACCAUCUUCGGACCUUGAGUGUGACGCGAUCGGGAGGAGGAGGCGGUCGCGCUGGGGGCAGCGCGACGCGGCGCGACGCGGCUCGGGCCCGACAGUGCCCCACCGGGGCCCUAGUUUUGGAUUGGUUGUUGUGGUGAAGUUUUCCACCAAUAGGAGAGAUGUUGUGGUGUGUUUUUUUUUCCUUUGGCAAGCCUUUUCCGCCUGUAAGACCUGUCGCUAAUGUCUGCAUGCUAUGUUUUCCUGUCUCAUACAGCGCGAUCGAGCGCCGAACGUGAUCAAAAUAAGCAGAAAAAAAGUAUCGCGGACAUAAUUUAUCAUAACUCUGGUUUUAUUUGGCCUAUCAACACAAUUUAAAAACUGGUAUAUAGGUUGAGGUCCUCACUUUUGAGAUAAGUUGAAACGGAGUCAACGAGGCUCCGUCUUGCAGCUACAUCCGGUUAAAUAUGUCAUGUGACUUGAACGCACACACACACACACACACACACACAGACACACGCACACACACACACUCAGAGUCUGGUUUUUAGCACCUGCAAAAACAUGCUAUUUACAUAUUUGACAAGAAUGCAGAGGCUCCUUUUGCCCCUGAAAAAAAUCACAUUUCAAACACAACUUGACUGGUCAUUUCUCCAAAAGACAACCAUGAAGCUCCAUCCAAACCUGAAGCAGGCAGUUGGUGCAUGUGUACAGUAACCUGAGGGGAGUGAGGUGAGUGCUUCUGAGGAGAACAUGAGCAGUGAAGAUUCACCUUACAGCUAGAACAGAGACGUGCACAUGAUUAUACAGGGGCAGGGGCUCAAGUUUUUUCCAGUUGUUUAUACAAUAUGGAAAUUAAUGUGAAAUUAAAAAACAAAGUAUUAAUAGAAAGGUAAUGACUGUCCUGAGUAGGUGACAGUGAUAUCCAAUAGGCUAGGCACUCAAGAGGCUGGCUGUGGCAAGUGUAAGUGAAAGCAACACGCACUGGCAGGAAGAACAGCAAACGCCGAUGAAGGAAAAGGGUCUUUGCAGUGAUGGGCGUUACCAGAGAGGGCGAUGGCCAGAGGACACAAAUGGGACGGGGAGGCAGCGCGUUGGGGGGGGGGACGCGACACAGCUCGGGCCCGCCAGUGCCCCAACGGGGUCCUAGUGUUAUUAUUAUUAGGGCCCGAGCGUAGCUGCUAAGCAGCUGCGAGAGCCCUCUUGUUCCUGUAGUUUCCUUCUUUUGUUAUUAUUAUUUUUCCUCCCCUUUGAACUGGAAAAUGGCCCACUUCCCACUGGCGAAAACUCAUGAAAUUUGGCAGGAUGACCGGGCCUGGUGAAAAAUUUGAUAUUCCGAAGUCGCCCAAACAAGAAAAUGCAAAAUGGCUCCAUAGCGCCCCCUAAGGUGAAAAUUCACACUAUUGACUGUCACGCCUUUACGCUUUGUCAUAUUGACACAAAAAUUGACACACACAUGUAUCUCAAUAAGAUCUACAAAAAAGUCAGUGCGGGCGUAUCUGUCAAAUGUACGGUUAAAGGGUUAUUGCGCAUUUUUUGCCGACCCGCACACAUUGGAAUUUCGCUAACUCCUCCGAAGGCUUUCGUUCCACCGGCACCACAUUUGCUCAGGCCAAUCUACACCCCAUUGGCCAUUAAAAGUUAUUCAAAUCAUGACGCUGCACCCCACGGUUUAGGUUCUAGGGGGCGCCAAAGAUAACCCUAAAAUCCACAUAUUUAAAAGUCUUAUAACUUUUUAUUUUUGACCUCACUGGCCUCCAAGUUUUCUAGGAUGAUGCAAUGUCCAGCCAUCAACACAUUUGUGAAGGAAUUUUUAAUCCCCAAAAGAGCGCCCCCCCAUGGCAGGAGAAAAAAGUCCAUUUUUUCUUGUCCCCUAAGGUGAAAAUACACAUUGUUGAGUGUCACGCCUGUACGCUUUGUCAUAUUGACACAAAAUUUGACACACACAUGUAUCUCAAUAAGAUCUACGAAAAAGUCAAUGCGCGCGUAUCUGUCAAAUGUACGGUUAAAGGGUUAUUCCGCAUUUUUUGCUGAUCCGCACACAUUGGAAUUUCGCUAACUCCUCCUAAGGCUGGCGUUCCACCGGCACCACAUUUGCUCAGGCCAAUCUACACCCCAUGGUCAUUAAAAGUUAUUCAAAUCAUGACGCUGCACCCCAUGAUUUAGGUUCUAGGGGGCGCCAAAGAUAACCCUAAAAUCCACAUAUUUCAAAGUCUUAUAACUUUUUAUUUUUGUCCUCACUGGCCUCCAAGUUUUCUAGGAUGAUGCAAUGUCCAGCCAUCAACACAUUUGUGAAGGAAUUUUUACUCCCCAAAAGAGCGCCCCCCCAUGGCAGGAGAAAAAAGUCCAUUUUUUCUUGUCCCAUAAGGUGAAAAAACACAUUGUUGACUGUCAUACCUGUACGCUUUGUCAUAUUGACACAAAAUUUGACAAUCACAUGUAUCUCAAUAAGAUCUACGAAAAAGUCAAUGCGCGCGUAUCUGUAAAAUGUACGGUUAAAGGGCUAUUUUGCAUUUUUUGCCGAUUCGCACACAUUGGAAUGUGGCUAACUCCUCCUAAGGCUUUCGUCCCACUGACACCAAAUUUGCUCAGGCCAAUCUACACCCCAUGGUCAUUCAAAGUUGUAAAAAUCAUGACGCUGCACCCCACGGUUUACGUUCUAGGGGGCGCCAAAGAUGACCCAAAUAUCCACAUUCUUAAAAGAAUCCACAUCCCCCCCCCCCCCCCCCCAUCCCCCAACCCCCAUGGCAGGAGAAACAGUCAAGUUUUUCCUGCCCAUCACUCAAUGGCUCAAUCGCAUCACUCUCCCGGCAACACCGUAACAAGGAGCAACUUGCCGUUUGGAUAUAUCCUAGCUGUGUUUGUGCCCUCACUCAUGGUCCAGACUUUUUUCAAAUAGGACAUGUAGUAUGUCUGCAGCGAGUGUUUUGGUAGAAACUGCGCCUCCCAUUCAUUAUAAUGGGAAAUGACCACAGACAAGUGCGCACACCAUCUUUGGACCUUGAGUGUGACGCGAUCGGGAGGGGGAGGCGGUCGCGCUGGGGGCGGCGCGACGCGGCUCGGGCCCGACAGUGCCCCACCGGGGCCCUAGUUAUUAUUAUUUUUCCUCCGCUUUAAACUGGAAAAUGGCCCACUUCCCACUGGCGAAAACUCAGGAAAUUUGGCAGGACGACCGGGCCUGGUGAAAAAUUCGAUAUUCUGAAGUCGCCCAAACAAUAAAAUGCAAAAUGGCUCCAUAGCGCCCCCUAAGGUGAAAAUUCACACUAUUGACUGUCACGCCUGUAUGCUUUGUCAUAUUGACACAAAAAUUGACACACACAUGUAUCUCAAUAAGAUCUACAAAAAAGUCAGUGCGGGCGUAUCUGUCAAAUGUACGGUUAAAGGGUUAUUUUGCAUUUUUUGCAGAUCCGCACACAUUGGAAUUUCGCUAACUCCUCCGAAGGCUUUCGUUCCACCGGCACCACAUUUGCUCAGGCCAAUCUACACUCCAUGGCCAUUCAAAGUUGUACAAAUCAUAAUGCUGCACCCCAUGGUUUAGGUUCUAGGGGGCGCCAAAAAUAACCCAAAAAUCCACAUUCUUAAAAGUUUUAUAAUUUUUUUUUUUGUCCUCACUGGCCUCCAAGUUUUCUAGGAUGAUGCAAUGUCCAGCCAUCAACACAUUUGUGAAGGAAUUUUUACUCCCCAAAAGAGCGCCCCCCCAUGGCAGGACAAAAAAGUCCAUUUUUUCUUGUCCCCUAAGGUGAAAAUACACAUUGUUGAGUGUCACGCCUGUACGCUUUGUCGUAUUGACAAAAAAUUUGACACACACGUGUAUCUCAAUAAGAUCUACGAAAAAGUCAAUGGGCGCGUAUCUGUAAAAUGUACGGCUAAAGGGCUAUUUUGCAUUUUUUGCCGAUUCGCACACAUUGGAAUGUGGCUAACUCCUCCUAAGGCUUUCGUCCCACUGACACCAAAUUUGCUCAGGCCAAUCUACACCCCAUGGCCAUUCAAAGUUGUAAAAAUCAUGCCGCUGCACCCCAUGGUUUACGUUCUAGGGGGCGCCAAAGAUGACCCAAAUAUCCACAUUCUUAAAAGUCGUUUUGGCCACUGCAGGAGUACAGAGUACUGCAGGAUACACACACACAGACACACACACACACACACACACACACACACACACACACACACACACACACACUCAGAGUCUGUUUUUUAGCACCUGCAAAAACAUGCUAUUUACAUAUUUGACAACAAUGCAGAGGCUUCCUUUUGCCCCUGAAAAAAAUCAAAUUUCUAACACAACUUGACUGCUCAUUUCUCCAAAAGACAACCAUGAAGCUCCAUCCAAACCUGAAGCAGGCAGUUGGUGCAUGUGUACAGUAACCUGAGGGGAGUGAGGUGACUGCUUCUGAGGAGAACAUGAGCAGUGAAGAUUCACCUUGGAGCGAGAACAGGGACGUGCACAUGAUUAUACAGGGGCAGGGGCUCAAGUUUUUUCCAGUCGUUUAUACAAUAUGGAAAUUAAUGUGAAAUUAAAAAACAAAGUAUUAAUAGAAAGGUAAUGACUGUCCUGUGUAGGUGACAGUGAUAUCCAAUAGGCUAGGCACUCACGAGGCUGGCUGUGGCAAGUGUAAGUGAAAGCAACACGCACUGGCAGGAAGAACAGCAAACGCCGAUGAAGGAAAAGGGUCUUUGCAGUGAUGGGCGUUACCAGAGAGGACGAUGGCCAGAGGACGCGAAUGGGACGGGGAGGCAGCGCGUUGGGGGGGGGGGGGGGGGUGGCGACACAGCUCGGGCCCGCCAGUGCCCCAACGGGGCCCUAGUGUUAUUAUUAGGGCCCGAGCCAGCUGCAGAGCAGCCGGGCGUAGGCCCUAUUAUUCCCCAAGUGGUUUUUCUUUGUUUCUUUAGGGCCCGAGCCAGCUGCAGAGCAGCCGGGCGUAGGCCCUAUUAUUCCCCAAGUGGUUUUUCUUUGUUUCUUUCUUUCUUUCUUUCUUUCUUUCUUUCUUCUUUUUCCUCCCCUUUGAACUGGAAAAUGGCCCACUUCCCACUGGCGAAAACUCAUGAAAUUUGGCAGGACGACCGGGCCUGGUGAAAAAUUCGAUAUUCUGAAGUCGCCCAAACAAUAAAAUGCAAAAUGGCUCCAUAGCGCCCCCUAAGGUGGAAAUUCACACUAUUGACUGUCACGCCUGUACGCUUUGUCAUAUUGACACAAAAAUUGACACACAUAUGUAUCUCAAUAAGAUCUACAAAAAAGUCAGUGCGGCCGUAUCUGUCAAAAUUACGGUUAAAGGGUUAUUUCGCAUUUUUUGCCGAUCCGCACACAUUGGAAUUUCGCUAACUCCUCCGAAGGCUUUCGUUCCACCGGCACCACAUUUGCUCAGGCCAAUCUACACCCCGUGGCCACUAAAAGUUAUCAAAAUCAUGACGCUGCACCCCAAGGUUUAGGUUCUAGGGGGCGCCAAAGAUAACACUAAAAUCCACAUAUUUAAAAGUCUUAUAACUUUUUAUUUUUGUCCUCACUGGCCUCCAAGUUUUCUAGGAUGAUGCAAUGUCCAGCCAUCAACACAUUUGUGAAGGAAUUUUUACUCCCCAAAAGAGCGCCCCCCCAUGGCAGGAGAAAAAAGUCCAUUUUUUCUUGUCCCCUAAGGUGAAAAUACACAUUGUUGAGUGUCACGCCUGUACGCUUUGUCAAAAUGACACAAAAAUUGACACACACAUGUAACUCAAUAAGAUCUACAAAAAAGUCCAUGCGCGCGUAUCUGUCAAAUGUACAGUUAAAGGGUUAUUCCGCAUUUUUUGCCGAUACGCACACAUUGGAAUUUCGCUAACUCCUCCGAAGGCUUUCGUUCCACCGGCACCACAUUUGCUCAGGCCAAUCUACACCCCAUGGCCAUUAAAAGUUAUUCAAAUCAUGAUGCUGCACCCCAUGGUUUAGGUUCUAGGGGGCGCCAAAAAUAACCCAAAAAUCCACAUUCUUAAAUGUUUUAUAACUUUUUAUUUUUGUCCUCACUGGCCUCCAAGUUUUCUAGGAUGAUGCAAUGUCCAGCCAUCAACACAUUUGUGAAGGAAUUUUUACUCCCCAAAAGAGCGCCCCCCCAUGGUAGGAGAAAAAAGUCAAUUUUUUCUUGUCCCCUUACAUAAAAAUACACAUUGUUGAGUGUCACGCCUGAACGCUUUGUCAUAUUGACACAAAAAUUGACAAUCAUGUGUAUCUCAAUUAGAUCUACGAAAAAGUCAGAGAGCGCGUAUCUGUAUAAUGUACGGUUAAAGGGCUAUUUUGCAUUUUCUGCCGAUUCGCACACAUUGGAAUGUGGCUAUCUCCUCCUAAGGCUUUCGUCCCACCGAUACCAAAUUUGCUCAGGGCAAUCUACACCCCAUGCCCAUUCAAAGUUGUAAAAAUCAUGACGCUGCACCCCACGGUUUACGUUCUAGGGGGCGCCAAAGAUGACCCAAAAAUCCACAUUCUUAAAAGUCAUUUUGGCCACUGCAGGAGUACAGAGUACUGCAGUUCUAGGGGGCGCCAAAGAUGACCCAAAAAUCCACAUUCUUAAAAGUCUUUUUGGCCACUGCAGGAGUACAGAGUACUGCAGGAUACACACACAUAUACACACACGCCAACAUACACACACACACACACACACACACACACACACACACACACACACACACACACACACUCAGAGUCUGUUUUUUAGCACCUGCAAAAACAUGCUGUUUACAUAUUUGACAAGAAUGCAGAGGCUUCCUUUUGCCCCUGAAAAAAAUCAAAUUUCAAACACAACUUGACUGUUCAUUUCUCCAAAAGACAACCAUGAAGCUCCAUUUCAAACCUGAAGCAGAUAGUUGGUGCAUGUGUACAGUAACCUGAGGGGAGUGAGGUGACUAUUUCUGAGGAGAACAUGAGCAGUGAAGAUUCACCUUGGAGCUAGAACAGGGACGUGCACAUGAUUAUACAGGGGCAGGGGCUCAAGUUUUUUCCAGUCAUUUAUACAAUAUGGAAAUUAAUGUGAAAUUAAACCACAAAUAUGUGUGAUGAACUGUUUUUAAAACUUAAACUUCAAAUAAAAAUUGUAAACUUCAAAACAUAUGCAAAUUUUUAACAAAGAACAUAGUGAUUUACCUCUAUUUACAUCAAAAUGCAGGCAAUGGCCCAGGCGUUCUUUGUAAAAUUAUUUACAAAACACUGUAUAGUCUCACAAAUGUCACUUUUUAUUUAUGCCACUACAAAAAAACAUGAUGUAAAUGAUGUAUGAUGUAGAACAUGAUGUAAAAAACUUGUGUAGAUCCUCCUCUAUGUCAGUCCAUGUGUAAUUUUUCCAUAAUUCUUAGUUUUUUGCAGCAUUUUUGUCAGUGUAACUGCAGAUUGUGCUGACAGUGUCUAUGGCACAAAAAAAAAUAAAAUUAAAAUGCCUCAACAUGAACCCCUGGUGGUCUCUGAGGGUGAAACCUGCUAACUGCUGCAGCUCUGUCAGCUUCAGUCUCCCAUGCAGAGCUCUGAGCGCAUGUGUGGCUCUGCACCCUUAGCAGCGUUGCUAACUCCUCAGUAAGGAAAGCCUGCUUCAUGUCAGAGUCUCUAAACUCCAGAAGAAGUCGAUAAAAGUCCCUUUCUUUCUAAAAAAAGUCGUUAGGGGGUCUGAAAAGUCAUUGAAUCUAACAACAAAGUCGCUAGGUUUGCAACUACGUGUCCCAGACUGCAUCCCUGCUGAGAGUCCCUCCCUCCCUUCUCAUGUUGCAGGAAGAACGUAAGCGCCCGCCCCUUGUCAAUCAGUCACCAUAUAAUUUUGGAUUGGUUGUUGUGGUGAAGUUUUCCACCAAUAGGAGAGAUGUUGUGGUGUGUUUUUUUUUUCUUUUGGCAAGCCUUUUCCGCCUGUAAGACCUGUCGCUAAUGUCUGCAUGCUAUGUUUUCCUGUCUCAUACAGCGCGAUCGAGCGCCGAACGUGAUCAAAAUAAGCAGAAAAAAAGUAUCGCGGACAUAAUUUAUCAUAACUCUGGUUUUAUUUGGCCUAUCAACACAAUUUAAAAACUGGUAUAUAGGUUGAGGUCCUCACUUUUGAGAUAAGUUGAAACGGAGAGUCAACAAGGCUCCGUCUUGCAGCUACAUCCGGUUAAAUAUGUCAUGUGACUUGAACGCACACACAGACACACACACACGCACACACACACACACACACACACACACACACACACACACACACACUCAGAGUCUGGUUUUUAGCACCUGCAAAAACAUGCUAUUUACAUAUUUGACAAGAAUGCAGAGGCUCCUUUUGCCCCUGAAAAAAAUCAAAUUUCAAACACAACUUGACUGGUCAUUUCUCCAAAAGACAACCAUGAAGCUCCAUCCAAACCUGAAGCAGGCAGUUGGUGCAUGUGUACAGUAACCUGAGGGGAGUGAGGUGAGUGCUUCUGAGGAGAACAUAAGCAGUGAAGAUUCACCUUGGAGCUAGAACAGAGACAUGCACAUGAUUAUACAGGGGCAGGGGCUCAAGUUUUUUCCAGUCGUUUAUACAAUAUGGAAAUUAAUGUGAAAUUAAAACACAAAGUAUUAAUAGAAAGGUAAUGACUGUCCUGUGUAGGUGACAGUGAUAUCCAAUAGGCUAGGCACUCACGAGGCUGGCUGUGGCAAGUGUAAGUGAAAGCAACACGCACUGGCAGGAAGAACAGCAAACGCCGAUGAAGGAAAAGGGUCUUUGCAGUGAUGGGCGUUACCAGAGAGGGCGAUGGCCAGAGGACACAAAUGGGACGGGGAGGCAGCACGUUGGGGGGGGGGGGGGGGGGGACGCGACACGGCUCGGGCCCGCCAGUGCCCCAACGGGGUCCUAGUUCUUUCUUUCUUUCUUCUUUUUCCUCCCCUUUGAACUGGAAAAUGGCCCACUUCCCACUGGCGAAAACUCAUGAAAUUUGGCAGGACGACCGGGCCUGGUGAAAAAUUCGAUAUUCUGAAGUCGCCCAAACAAUAAAAUGCAAAAUGGCUCCAUAGCGCCCCCUAAGGUGGAAAUUCAAACUAUUGACUGUCACGCCUGUACGCUUUGUCAAAAUGACACAAAAAUUGACACACACAUGUAUCUCAAUAAGAUCUACAAAAAAGUCAGUGCGGGCGUAUCUGUCAAAUGUACGGUUAAAGGGUUAUUUCGCAUUUUUUGCCGAUCCGCACACAUUGGAAUUUCGCUAACUCCUCCGAAGGCUUUCGUUCCACCGGCACCACAUUUGCUCAGGCCAAUCUACACCCCAUGGCCAUUAAAAGUUAUUCAAAUCAUGACGCUGCACCCCACGGUUUAGGUUCUAGGGGGCGCCAAAGAUAACCCUAAAAUCCACAUAUUUAAAAGUCUUAUAACUUUUUAUUUUUGCCCUCACUGGCCUCCAAGUUUUCUAGGAUGAUGCAAUGUCCAGCCAUCAACACAUUUGUGAAGGAAUUUUUACUCCCCAAAAGAGCGCCCCCCCAUGGCAGGAGAAAAAAGUCAAUUUUUUCUUGUCCCCUAAGGUGAAAAUACACAUUGUUGAGUGUCACGUCUGUACGCUUUGUCAAAAUGACACAAAAAUUGACACACACAUGUAUCUCAAUAAGAUCUACAAAAAAGUCCAUGCGCGCGUAUCUGUCAAAUGUACGGUUAAAGGGUUAUUCCGCAUUUUUUGCCGAUUCGCACACAUUGGAAUUUCGCUAACUCCUCCGAAGGCUUUCGUUCCACCGGCACCACAUUUGCUCAGGCCAAUCUACACCCCAUGGCCAUUAAAAGUUAUUCAAAUCAUGACGCUGCACCCCACGGUUUACGUUCUAGGGGGCGCCAAAGAUAACCCAAAAAUCCACAUUUUUAAAAGUCUUAUAACUUUUUAUUUUUGUCCUCACUGGCCUCCAAGUUUUCUAGGAUGAUGCAAUGUCCAGCCAUCAACACAUUUGUGAAGGAAUUUUUACUCCCUAAAAGAGCGCCCCCCCAUGGCAGGAGAAAAAAGUCCAUUUUUUCUUGUCCCCUAAGGUGAAAAUACACAUUGUUGACUGUCACGCCUGUACGCUUUGGCAAAAUGACACAAAAAUUGACAAUCAUGUGUAUCUCAAUUAGAUCUACGAAAAAGUCAAAGAGCGCGUAUCUGUAUAAUGUACGGUAAAAGGGCUAUUUUGCAUUUUUUGCCAAUUCGCACACAUUGGAAUGUGGCUAACUCCUCCUAAGGCUUUCGUCCCACUGACACCAAAUUUGCUCAGGCCAAUCUACACUCCAUGGCCAUUCAAAGUUGUAAAAAUCAUGACGCUGCACCCCAGCACAACCUCACCUGUGUCAAUUUACAGUUAUUUUAUCAUUUUGACAUACUAUAUUUACACAUUGGACCCAAAUUCACACACAAAACAUAAAAUCCGAGUGGAAAAAAGUAACGUUUUUACUGUGAAAACCACAAAUAUGUGUGAUGAACUGUUUUUAAAACUUAAACUUCAAAUAAAAAUUGUAAACUUCAAAACAUAUGCAAAUUUUUAACAAAGAACAUAGUAAUUUACCUCUAUUUACAUCAAAAUGCAGGCAAUGGCCCAGGUGUUCUUUGUAAAAUUAUUUACAAAACACUGUAUAGUCUCACAAAUGUCACUUUUUAUUUAUGCCACUACAAAAAAACAUGAUGUAAAUGAUGCAUGAUGUAAAACAUGAUGUAAAAAACUUGUGUAGAUCCUCCUCUAUGUUAGUCCAUGUGUAAUUUUUCCAUAAUUCUUUGUUUUUUGCAGCAUUUUUGUUAGUGUAACUGCAGAUUGUGCUGACAGUGUCUAUGGCAAAAAAAAAAAAAAACUGAAAAUGCCUCAACAUGAACCCCUGGUGGUCUCUGAGGGUGAAACCUGCUAACUGCUGCAGCUCUGUCAGCUUCAGUCUCCCAUGCAGAGCUCGGAGCGCAUGUGUGGCUCUGCACCCUUAGCAGCGUUGCUAACUCCUCAGUAAGGAAAGCCUGCUUCAUGUCAGAGUCUCUAAACUCCAGAAGAAGUCGAUAAAAGUCACUUUCUUUCUAAAAAAAAAGUCGUUAGGGGGUCUGAAAAGUCAUUGAAUCUAACAACAAAGUCGCUAGGUUUGCAACUACGUGUCCCAGACUGCAUCCCUGCUGAGAGUCCCUCCCUCCCUUCUCAUGUUGCAGGAAGAACGUAAGCGCCCGCCCCUUGUCAAUCAGUCACCAUAUAAUUUUGGAUUGGUUGUUGUGGUGAAGUUUUCCACCAAUAGGAGAGAUGUUGUGGUGUGUUUUUUUUUCCUUUGGCAAGCCUUUUCCGCCUGUAAGACCUGUCGCUAAUGUCUGCAUGCUAUGUUUUCCUGUCUCAUACAGCGCGAUCGAGCGCCGAACGUGAUCAAAAUAAGCAGAAAACAAGUAUCGCGGACAUAAUUUAUCAUAACUCUGGUUUUAUUUGGCCUAUCAACACAAUUUAAAAACUGGUAUAUAGGUUGAGGUCCUCACUUUUGAGAUAAGUUGAAACGGAGUCAACGAGGCUCCGUCUUGCAGCUACAUCCGGUUAAAUAUGUCAUGUGACUUGAACGCACACACACACACACACACACACACACAGACACACACACACACGCACACACACACACUCAGAGUCUGGUUUUUAGCACCUGCAAAAACAUGCUAUUUACAUAUUUGACAAGAAUGCAGAGGCUCCUUUUGCCCCUGAAAAAAAUCAAAUUUCAAACACAACUUGACUGGUCAUUUCUCCAAAAGACAACCAUGAAGCUCCAUCCAAACCUGAAGCAGGCAGUUGGUGCAUGUGUACAGUAACCUGAGGGGAGUGAGGUGACUGCUUCUGAGGAGAACAUGAGCAGUGAAGAUUCACCUUAGAGCUAGAACAGAGACGUGCACAUGAUUAUACAGGGGCAGGGGCUCAAGUUUUUUCCAGUUGUUUAUACAAUAUGGAAAUUAAUGUGAAAUUAAAACACAAAGUAUUAAUAGAAAGUUAAUGACUGUCCUGAGUAGGUGACAGUGAUAUCCAAUAGGCUAGGCACUCAAGAGGCUGGCUGUGGCAAGUGUAAGUGAAAGCAACACACACUGGCAGGAAGAACAGCAAACGCCGAUGAAGGAAAAGGGUCUUUGCAGUGAUGGGCGUUACCAGAGAGGACGAUGGCCAGAGGACACAAAUGGGACGGGGAGGCAGCGCGUUGGGGGGGGGACGCGACACAGCUCGGGCCCGCCAGUGCCCCAACGGGGUCCUAGUUAGGGCCCGAGCGUAGCUGCUAAGCAGCUGCGAGAGCCCUAUUAUUCCCCAAGUGGUUUUUCUUUGUUUCUUUCUUUCUUUCUUUCUUUCUUUCUUUCUUUCUUCUUUUUCCUCCCCUUUGAACUGGAAAAUGGCCCACUUCCCACUGGCGAAAACUCAUGAAAUUUGGCAGGACGACCGGGCCUGGUGAAAAAUUCGAUAUUCUGAAGUCGCCCAAACAAUUAAAUGCAAAAUGGCUCCAUAGCGCCCCCUAAGGUGGAAAUUCACACUAUUGACUGUCACGCCUGUACGCUUUGUCAUAUUGACACAAAAAUUGACACACAUAUGUAUCUCAAUAAGAUCUACAAAAAAGUCAGUGCGGCCGUAUCUGUCAAAUGUACGGUUAAAGGGUUAUUUCGCAUUUUUUUCCGAUCCGCACACAUUGGAAUUUCGCUAACUCCUCCGAAGGCUUUCGUUCCACCGGCACCACAUUUGCUCAGGCCAAUCUACACCCCGUGGCCAUUAAAAGUUAUCAAAAUCAUGACGCUGCACCCCAAGGUUUAGGUUCUAGGGGGCGCCAAAGAUAACACUAAAAUCCACAUAUUUAAAAGUCUUAUAACUUUUUAUUUUUGUCCUCACUGGCCUCCAAGUUUUCUAGGAUGAUGCAAUGUCCAGCCAUCAACACAUUUGUGAAGGAAUUUUUACUCCCCAAAAGAGCGCCCCCCCAUGGCAGGAGAAAAAAGUCCAUUUUUUCUUGUCCCCUAAGGUGAAAAUACACAUUGUUGAGUGUCACGCCUAUACGCUUUGUCAAAAUGACACAAAAAUUGACACACACAUGUAACUCAAUAAGAUCUACGAAAAAGUCAAUGCGCGCGUAUCUGUCAAAUGUACGGUUAAAGGGUUAUUCCGCAUUUUUUGCCGAUCCGCACACAUUGGAAUUUCGCUAACUCCUCCGAAGGCUUUCUGUCCACCGGCACCACAUUUGCUCAGGCCAAUCUACACCCCAUGGCCAUUAAAAGUUAUCAAAAUCAUGACGCUGCACCCCACGGUUUAGGUUCUAGGGGGCGCCAAAGACAACCCUAAAAUCCACAUAUUUAACUUAUAACUUUUUAUUUUUGUCCUCACUGGCCUCCAAGUUUUCUAGGAUGAUGCAAUGUCCAGCCAUCAACACAUUUGUGAAGGAAUUUUUACUCCCCAAAAGAGCGCCCCCCCAUGGCAGGAGAAAAAAGUCCAUUUUUUCUUGUCCCCUAAGGUGAAAAUACAUAUUGUUGAGAUUCACGCCUAUACGCUUUGUCAUAUUGACACAAAAUUUGACAAUCACGUGCCUUGCCUGGUAUCAUUUUUUUUCAGCACAACCUCACCUGUGCGAAUUUACAGUUAUUUUAUCAUGUUGACAUACUGAAUUUACACAAUGGACCCAAAUUCACACACAAAACAUAAAAUCCGAGUGGAAAAAAGUAACAUUUUUACUGUGAAAACCACAAAUAUGUGUGAUGAACUGUUUUUAAAACUUAAACUUCAAAUAAAAAUUGUAAACUUCAAAACAUAUGCAAAUUUUUAACAAAGAACAUAGUGAUUUACCUCUAUUUACAUCAAAAUGCAGGCAAUGGCCCAGGCGUUCUUUGUAAAAUUAUUUACAAAACACUGUAUAGUCUCACAAAUGUCACUUUUUAUUUAUGCCACUACAAAAAAACAUGAUGUAAAUGAUGCAUGAUGUAAAACAUGAUGUAAAAAACUUGUGUAGAUCCUCCUCUAUGUCAGUCCAUGUGUAAUUUUUCCAUAAUUCUUUGUUUUUUGCAGCAUUUUUGUUAGUGUAACUGCAGAUUGUGCUGACAGUGUCUAUGGCACAAAAAAAAAAAAAAUUAAAAUGCCUCAACAUGAACCCCUGGUGGUCUCUGAGGGUGAAACCUGCUAACUGCUGCAGCUCUGUCAGCUUCAGUCUCCCAUGCAGAGCUCUGAGCGCAUGUGUGGCUCUGCACCCUUAGCAGCGUUGCUAACUCCUCAGUAAGGAAAGCCUGCUUCAUGUCAGAGUCUCUAAACUCCAGAAGAAGUCGAUAAAAGUCCCUUUCUUUCUAAAAAAAAGUCGUUAGGGGGUCUGAAAAGUCAUUGAAUCUAACAACAAAGUCGCUAGGUUUGCAACUACGUGUCCCAGACUGCAUCCCUGCUGAGAGUCCCUCCCUCCCUUCUCAUGUUGCAGGAAGAACGUAAGCGCCCGCCCCUUGUCAAUCAGUCACCAUAUAAUUUUGGAUUGGUUGUUGUGGUGAAGUUUUCCACCAAUAGGAGAGAUGUUGUGGUGUUUUUUUUUUCUUUUGGCAAGCCUUUUCCGCCUGUAAGACCUGUCGCUAAUGUCUGCAUGCUAUGUUUUCCUGUCUCAUACAGCGCGAUCGAGCGCCGAACGUGAUCAAAAUAAGCAGAAAAAAAGUAUCGCGGACAUAAUUUAUCAUAACUCUGGUUUUAUUUGGCCUAUCAACACAAUUUAAAAACUGGUAUAUAGGUUGAGGUCCUCACUUUUGAGAUAAGUUGAAACGGAGAGUCAACGAGGCUCCGUCUUGCAGCUACAUCCGGUUAAAUAUGUCAUGUGACUUGAACGCACACACAGACACACACACGCACACACACACACACACACACACACACACACACACACACACACACACACACUCAGAGUCUGGUUUUUAGCACCUGCAAAACAUGCUAUUUACAUAUUUGACAAGAAUGCAGAGGCUCCUUUUGCCCCUGAAAAAAAUCAAAUUUCAAACACAACUUGACUGGUCAUUUCUCCAAAAGACAACCAUGAAGCUCCAUCCAAACCUGAAGCAGGCAGUUGGUGCAUGUGUACAGUAACCUGAGGGGAGUGAGGUGAGUGCUUCUGAGGAGAACAUGAGCAGUGAAGAUUCACCUUGGAGCUAGAACAGAGACAUGCACAUGAUUAUACAGGGGCAGGGGCUCAAGUUUUUUCCAGUCGUUUAUACAAUAUGGAAAUUAAUGUGAAAUUAAAACACAAAGUAUUAAUAGAAAGGUAAUGACUGUCCUGUGUAGGUGACAGUGAUAUCCAAUAGGCUAGGCACUCACGAGGCUGGCUGUGGCAAGUGUAAGUGAAAGCAACACGCACUGGCAGGAAGAACAGCAAACGCCGAUGAAGGAAAAGGGUCUUUGCAGUGAUGGGCGUUACCAGAGAGGGCGAUGGCCAGAGGACACAAAUGGGACGGGGAGGCAGCGCGUUGGGGGGGGACGCGACACGGCUCGGGCCCGCCAGUGCCCCAACGGGGUCCUAGUUAUUAUUUUUCCUCCCCUUUGAACUGGAAAAUGGCCCACUUCCCACUGGCGAAAACUCAUGAAAUUUGGCAGGACGACCGGGCCUGGUGAAAAAUUUGAUAUUCCGAAGUCGCCCAAACAAGAAAAUGCAAAAUGGCUCCAUAGCGCCCCCUAAGGUGAAAAUUCACACUAUUGACUGUCACGCCUGUACGCUUUGUCAAAAUGACACAAAAAUUGACACACACAUGUAUCUCAAUAAGAUCUACAAAAAAGUCAGUGCGGGCGUAUCUGUCAAAUGUACGGUUAAAGGGUUAUUUUGCAUUUUUUGCCGAUCCGCACACAUUGGAAUUUCGCUAACUCCUCCGAAGGCUUUCGUUCCACCGGCACCACAUUUGCUCAGGCCAAUCUACACCCCAUGGCCAUUAAAAGUUAUUCAAAUCAUGACGCUGCACCCCACGGUUUAGGUUCUAGGGGGCGCCAAAGAUAACCCUAAGAUCCACAUAUUUAAAAGUCUUAUAACUUUUUAUUUUUGUCCCCACUGGCCUCCAAGUUUUCUAGGAUGAUGCAAUGUCCAGCCAUCAACACAUUUGUGAAGGAAUUUUUACUCCCCAAAAGAGCGCCCCACCAUGGCAGGAGAAAAAAGUCCAUUUUUUCUUGUCCCCUAAGGUGAAAAUACACAUUGUUGAGUGUAACACCUGUACGCUUUGGCAAAAUGACACCAAAAUUGACACACACAUGUAUCUCAAUAAGAUCUACAAAAAAGUCAAUGCGCGCGUAUCUGUCAAAUGUACGGUUAAAGGGUUAUUCCGCAUUUUUUGCCGAUCCGCACACAUUGGAAUUUCGCUAACUCCUCCGAAGGCUUUCGUUCCACCGGCACCACAUUUGCUCAGGCCAAUCUACACCCCAUGGCCAUUAAAAGUUAUUCAAAUCAUGACGCUGCACCCCACGGUUUAGGUUCUAGGGGGCGCCAAAGAUAACCCUAAAAUCCACAUAUUUAAAAGUCUUAUAACUUUUUAUUUUUGUCCUCACUGGCCUCCAUGUUUUCUAGGAUGAUGCAAUGUCCAGCCAUCAACACAUUUGUGAAGGAGUUUUUUCUCGUUAAAAGAGCGCCCCCCCAUGGCAGGAGAAUAAAGUCAAGUUUUUCCUGUUCAUCAUUCAAUGGCUCAAACGCACUGCUCUCUCGGCAAAAGCGAAAGGAGGAGCAACUUGCCAUUUGGAUAUAUCUUAGCUGUGUUUGUGACCUCACUCAUGGUCCAGACUUUUUUCAAAUAGGAAAAAUGCAAAAUAACCCUUUAACCCGAGCGUAGCUGCUAAGCAGCUGCGAGAGCCCUCUUGUUCCUGAUGGAUUCUUCUUUUGUUAUUAUUAUUAUUAUUAUUAUUUUUCCUCCGCUUUAAACUGGAAAAUGGCCCACUUCCCACUGGCGAAAACUCAGGAAAUUUGGCAGGACGACCGGGCCUGGUGAAAAAUUCGAUAUUCUGAAGUCGCCCAAACAAUAAAAUGCAAAAUGGCUCCAUAGCGCCCCCUAAGGUGAAAAUUCACACUAUUGACUGUCACGCCUGUAUGCUUUGUCAUAUUGACACAAAAAUUGACACACACAUGUAUCUCAAUAAGAUCUACAAAAAAGUCAGUGCGGGCGUAUCUGUCAAAUGUACGGUUAAAGGGUUAUUUUGCAUUUUUUGCAGAUCCGCACACAUUGGAAUUUCGCUAACUCCUCCGAAGGCUUUCGUUCCACCGGCACCACAUUUGCUCAGGCCAAUCUACACUCCAUGGCCAUUCAAAGUUGUACAAAUCAUAAUGCUGCACCCCAUGGUUUAGGUUCUAGGGGGCGCCAAAAAUAACCCAAAAAUCCACAUUCUUAAAAGUUUUAUAAUUUUUUUUUUUGUCCUCACUGGCCUCCAAGUUUUCUAGGAUGAUGCAAUGUCCAGCCAUCAACACAUUUGUGAAGGAAUUUUUACUCCCCAAAAGAGCGCCCCCCCAUGGCAGGACAAAAAAGUCCAUUUUUUCUUGUCCCCUAAGGUGAAAAUACACAUUGUUGAGUGUCACGCCUGUACGCUUUGUCGUAUUGACAAAAAAAUUGACACACACGUGUAUCUCAAUAAGAUCUACGAAAAAGUCAAUGGGCGCGUAUCUGUAAAAUGUACGGCUAAAGGGCUAUUUUGCAUUUUUUGCCGAUUCGCACACAUUGGAAUGUGGCUAACUCCUCCUAAGGCUUUCGUCCCACUGACACCAAAUUUGCUCAGGCCAAUCUACACCCCAUGGCCAUUCAAAGUUGUAAAAAACAUGCCGCUGCACCCCAUGGUUUACGUUCUAGGGGGCGCCAAAGAUGACCCAAAUAUCCACAUUCUUAAAAGUCGUUUUGGCCACUGCAGGAGUACAGAGUACUGCAGGAUACACACACACAGACACACACACACACAGACACACACACACACACACACACACACACACACACACUCAGAGUCUGUUUUUUAGCACCUGCAAAAACAUGCUAUUUACAUAUUUGACAACAAUGCAGAGGCUUCCUUUUGCCCCUGAAAAAAAUCAAAUUUCUAACACAACUUGACUGCUCAUUUCUCCAAAAGACAACCAUGAAGCUCCAUCCAAACCUGAAGCAGGCAGUUGGUGCAUGUGUACAGUAACCUGAGGGGAGUGAGGUGACUGCUUCUGAGGAGAACAUGAGCAGUGAAGAUUCACCUUGGAGCGAGAACAGGGACGUGCACAUGAUUAUACAGGGGCAGGGGCUCAAGUUUUUUCCAGUCGUUUAUACAAUAUGGAAAUUAAUGUGAAAUUAAAAAACAAAGUAUUAAUAGAAAGGUAAUGACUGUCCUGUGUAGGUGACAGUGAUAUCCAAUAGGCUAGGCACUCACGAGGCUGGCUGUGGCAAGUGUAAGUGAAAGCAACACGCACUGGCAGGAAGAACAGCAAACGCCGAUGAAGGAAAAGGGUCUUUGCAGUGAUGGGCGUUACCAGAGAGGACGAUGGCCAGAGGACGCGAAUGGGACGGGGAGGCAGCGCGUGGGGGGGGGGUGGCGACACAGCUCGGGCCCGCCAGUGCCCCAACGGGGCCCUAGUGUUAUUAUUAGGGCCCGAGCGUAGCUGCUAAGCAGCUGCGAGAGCCCUCUUGUUCCUGAUGGAUUCUUCUUUCGUUAUUUUUCCUCCGCUUUAAACUGGAAAAUGGCCCACUUCCCACUGGCGAAAACUCAGGAAAUUUGGCAGGACGACCGGGCCUGGUGAAAAAUUUGAUAUUCUGAAGUCGUCCAAACAAAAAAACGAAAAAUGGCUCCAUAGCGCCCCCUAUGGUGAAAAGUCACCUGAUGCCUGUACGCUUUGUCAAAAUGACACAAAAUUUGACACACAUGUGUAUCUCAAUAAGAUCUACGAAAAAGUCAGUGCGGGCGUAUCUGUCAAAUGUACGGUUAAAGGGCUAUUUCGCUUUUUUUGCCGAUCCGCACACAUUGGAAUUUCGCUAACUCCUCCGAAGGCUUUCGUUCCUCCGGCACCAAAUUUGCUCAGGCCAAUCUACACCCCAUGGCCAUUCAAAGUUGUACAAAUCAUGACGCUGCACCCCACGGUUUACGUUCUAGGGGGCGCCAAAGAUAACCCAAAAAUCCACAUUCUUAAAAGUCUUAUAACUUUUUAUUUUUGUCCUCACUGGCCUCCAAGUUUUCUAGGAUGAUGCAAUGUCCAGCCAUCAACACAUUUGUGAAGGAAUUUUUACUCCCCAAAAGAGCGCCCCCCCCAUGGCAGGAGAAAAAAGUCAAUUUUUUCUUGUCUCCUAAGGUAAAAAUACACAUUGUUGAGUGUCACGCCUAUACACUUUGUCAUAUUGACACACAAUUUAACAAUCACGUGUAUCUCAAUAAGAUCUACAAAAAAGUCAAUAGGCACGUAUCUGUCAAAUGUACGGUUAAAGGGCUAUUUCGCAUUUUUUGCCGAUUCGCACACAUUGGAAUGUGGCUAUCUCCUCCUAAGGCUUUUGUCCCACCGAUACCAAAUUUGCUCAGGGCAAUCUACACCCCAUGCCCAUUCAAAGUUGUAAAAAUCAUGACGCUGCACCCCACGGUUUACGUUCUAGGGGGCGCCAAAGAUAACCCAAAAAUCCACAUUCUUAAAAGUCUUAUAACUUUUUAUUUUUGUCCUCACUGGCCUCCAAGUUUUCUAGGAUGAUGCAAUGUCCAGCCAUCAACACAUUUGUGAAGGAAUUUUUACUCCCCAAAAGAGCGCCCCCCCCAUGGCAGGAGAAAAAAGUCCAUUUUUUCUUGUCUCCUAAGGUAAAAAUACACAUUGUUGAGUGUCACGCCUAUACACUUUGUCAUAUUGACACACAAUUUAACAAUCACGUGUAUCUCAAUAAGAUCUACAAAAAAGUCAAUAGGCACGUAUCUGUCAAAUGUACGGUUAAAGGGCUAUUUCGCAUUUUUUGCCGAUUCGCACACAUUGGAAUGUGGCUAUCUCCUCCUAAGGCUUUUGUCCCACCGAUACCAAAUUUGCUCAGGGCAAUCUACACCCCAUGCCCAUUCAAAGUUGUAAAAAUCAUGACGCUGCACCCCACGGUUUACGUUCUAGGGGGCGCCAAAGAUGACCCAAAAAUCCACAUUCUUAAAAGUCAUUUUGGCCACUGCAGGAGUACAGAGUACUGCAGUUCUAGGGGGCGCCAAAGAUGACCCAAAAAUCCACAUUCUUAAAAGUCAUUUUGGAUUAUACAGGGGCAGGGGCUCAAGUUUUUUCCAGUCGUUUAUACAAUAUGGAAAUUAAUGUGAAAUUAAAAAACAAAGUAUUAAUAGAAAGGUAAUGACUGUCCUGUGUAGGUGACAGUGAUAUCCAAUAGGCUAGGCACUCACGAGGCUGGCUGUGGCAAGUGUAAGUGAAAGCAACACGCACUGGAAGGAAGAACAGCAAACGCCGAUGAAGGAAAAGGGUCUUUGCAGUGAUGGGCGUUACCAGAGAGGGCGAUGGCCAGAGGACGCAAAUGGGACAGGGAGGCAGCGCGUUGGGGGGGGAACACGGCUCGGGCCCGCCAGUGCCCCAACGGGGCCCUAGUUAUUAUUAUUUUUCCUCCGCUUUAAACUGGAAAAUGGCCCACUUCCCACUGGCGAAAACUCAUGAAAUUUGGCAGGACGACCGGGCCUGGUGAAAAAUUCGAUAUUCUGAAGUCGCCCAAACAAUAAAAUGCAAAAUGGCUCCAUAGCGCCCCCUAAGGUGAAAAUUCACACUAUUGACUGUCACAUCUGUACGUUUUGUCAUAUUGACACAAAAAUUGACACACAUAUGUAUCUCAAUAAGAUCUACAAAAAAGUCAGUGCGGGUGUAUCUGUCAAAUGUACGGUUAAAGGGUUAUUUCGCAUUUUUUGCCGAUCCGCACACAUUGGAAUUUCGCUAACUCCUCCGAAGGCUUUCGUUCCACCGGCACCACAUUUGCUCAGGCCAGUCUACACCCCAUGGCCAUUCAAAGUUGUACAAAUCAUGACGCUGCACCCCACGGUUUAGGUUCUAGGGGGCGCCAAAGAUAACCCAAAAAUCCACAUUCUUAAAAGUCUUAUAACUUUUUAUUUUUGUCCUCACUGGCCUCCAAGUUUUCUAGGAUGAUGCAAUGUCCAGCCAUCAACACAUUUGUGAAGGAAUUUUUACUCCCCAAAAGAGCGCCCCCCCAUGGCAGGAGAAAAAAGUCCAUUUUUUCUUGUCCCCUUACAUGAAAAUACACAUUGUUGAGUGUCACGCCUGAACGCUUUGUCAUAUUGACACAAAAAUUGACAAUCAUGUGUAUCUCAAUUAGCUCUACGAAAAAGUCAAAGAGCGCGUAUCUGUAUAAUGUACGGUUAAAGGGCUAUUUCGCAUUUUUUGCCGAUUCGCACACAUUGGAAUGUGGCUAUCUCCUCCUAAGGCUUUCGUCCCACUGAUACCAAAUUUGCUCAGGGCAAUUUACACCCCAUGCCCAUUCAAAGUUGUAAAAAUCAUGACGCUGCACCCCACGGUUUACGUUCUAGGGGGCGCCAAAGAUGACCCAAAAAUCCACAUUCUUAAAAGUCAUUUUGGCCACUGCAGGAGUACAGAGUACUGCAGUUCUAGGGGGCGCCAAAGAUGACCCAAAAAUCCACAUUCUUAAAAGUCAUUUUGGCCACUGCAGGAGUACAGAGUACUGCAGUUCUAGGGGGCGCCAAAGAUGACCCAAAAAUCCACAUUCUUAAAAGUCUUUUUGGCCACUGCAGGAGUACAGAGUACUGCAGGAUACACACACAUAUACACACACGCCAACACACACACACACACACACACACACACUCAGAGUCUGUUUUUUAGCACCUGCAAAAACAUGCUGUUUACAUAUUUGACAAGAAUGCAGAGGCUUCCUUUUGCCCCUGAAAAAAAUCAAAUUUCAAACACAACUUGACUGUUCAUUUCUCCAAAAGACAACCAUGAAGCUCCAUCCAAACCUGAAGCAGAUAGUUGGUGCAUGUGUACAGUAACCUGAGGGGAGUGAGGUGACUAUUUCUGAGGAGAACAUGAGCAGUGAAGAUUCACCUUGGAGCUAGAACAGGGACGUGCACAUGAUUAUACAGGGGCAGGGGCUCAAGUUUUUUCCAGUCAUUUAUACAAUAUGGAAAUUAAUGUGAAAUUAAAAAACAAAGUAUUAAUAGAAAGGUUAUAACUGUCCUGUGUAGAUGACAGUGAUAUCCAAUAGGCUAGGCACUCACGAGGCUGGCUGUGGCAAGUGUAAGUGAAAGCAACACGCACUGGCAGGAAGAACAGCAAACGCCGAUGAAGGAAAGGGUCUUUGCAGUGAUGGGCGUUACCAGAGAGGACGAUGGCCAAUGGACGCGAAUGGGACGGGGAGGCAGCGCGUUGGGGGGGGCAGCGCGACACGGCUCGGGCCCGCCAGUGCCCCAACGGGGCCCUAGUUAUUAUUUUUCCUCCCCUUUGAACUGGAAAAUGGCCCACUUCCCACUGGCGAAAACUCAUGAAAUUUGGCAGGACGACCGGGCCUGGUGAAAAAUUUGAUAUUCCGAAGUCGCCCAAACAAGAAAAUGCAAAAUGGCUCCAUAGCGCCCCCUAAGGUGAAAAUUCACACUAUUGACUGUCACGCCUGUACGCUUUGUCAAAAUGACACAAAAAUUGACACACACAUGUAUCUCAAUAAGAUCUACAAAAAAGUCAGUGCGGGCGUAUCUGUCAAAUGUACGGUUAAAGGGUUAUUUUGCAUUUUUUGCCGAUCCGCACACAUUGGAAUUUCGCUAACUCCUCCGAAGGCUUUCGUUCCACCGGCACCACAUUUGCUCAGGCCAAUCUACACCCCAUGGCCAUUAAAAGUUAUUCAAAUCAUGACGCUGCACCCCACGGUUUAGGUUCUAGGGGGCGCCAAAGAUAACCCUAAGAUCCACAUAUUUAAAAGUCUUAUAACUUUUUAUUUUUGUCCCCACUGGCCUCCAAGUUUUCUAGGAUGAUGCAAUGUCCAGCCAUCAACACAUUUGUGAAGGAAUUUUUACUCCCCAAAAGAGCGCCCCACCAUGGCAGGAGAAAAAAGUCCAUUUUUUCUUGUCCCCUAAGGUGAAAAUACACAUUGUUGAGUGUAACACCUGUACGCUUUGGCAAAAUGACACCAAAAUUGACACACACAUGUAUCUCAAUAAGAUCUACAAAAAAGUCAAUGCGCGCGUAUCUGUCAAAUGUACGGUUAAAGGGUUAUUCCGCAUUUUUUGCCGAUCCGCACACAUUGGAAUUUCGCUAACUCCUCCGAAGGCUUUCGUUCCACCGGCACCACAUUUGCUCAGGCCAAUCUACACCCCAUGGCCAUUAAAAGUUAUUCAAAUCAUGACGCUGCACCCCACGGUUUAGGUUCUAGGGGGCGCCAAAGAUAACCCUAAAAUCCACAUAUUUAAAAGUCUUAUAACUUUUUAUUUUUGUCCUCACUGGCCUCCAUGUUUUCUAGGAUGAUGCAAUGUCCAGCCAUCAACACAUUUGUGAAGGAGUUUUUCUCGUUAAAAGAGCGCCCCCCAUGGCAGGAGAAUAAAGUCAAGUUUUUCCUGUUCAUCAUUCAAUGGCUCAAACGCACUGCUCUCUCGGCAAAAGCGAAAGGAGGAGCAACUUGCCAUUUGGAUAUAUCUUAGCUGUGUUUGUGACCUCACUCAUGGUCCAGACUUUUUUCAAAUAGGACAUGGAGUUUUUCUGCAGCGAGCGUUUUGGUAGAAACUGCGCCUCCCGUUCAUUAUAAUGGUAAAUGACCACAAACAAGUGCGCACACCAUCUUUGAACCUUGAGUGUGACGCGAUCGGGUGGGGGAGGCGGUCGCGCUGGGGGCGGCGUGACACGGCUCGGGCCCGCCAGUGCCCCAACGGGGCCCUAGUUAUUAUUAUUUUUCCUCCGCUUUAAACUGGAAAAUGGCCCACUUCCCACUGGCGAAAACUCAUGAAAUUUGGCAGGACGACCGGGCCUGGUGAAAAAUUCGAUAUUCUGAAGUCGCCCAAACAAUAAAAUGCAAAAUGGCUCCAUAGCGCCCCCUAAGGUGGAAAUUCACACUAUUGACUGUCACGUCUGUACGUUUUGUCAUAUUGACACAAAAAUUGACACACAUAUGUAUCUCAAUAAGAUCUACAAAAAAGUCAGUGCGGGUGUAUCUGUCAAAUGUACGGUUAAAGGGUUAUUUCGCAUUUUUUGCCGAUCCGCACACAUUGGAAUUUCGCUAACUCCUCCGAAGGCUUUCGUUCCACCAGCACCACAUUUGCUCAGGCCAGUCUACACCCCAUGGCCAUUCAAAGUUGUACAAAUCAUGACGCUGCACCCCACGGUUUAGGUUCUAGGGGGCGCCAAAGAUAACCCAAAAAUCCACAUUCUUAAAAGUCUUAUAACUUUUUAUUUUUGUCCUCACUGGCCUCCAAGUUUUCUAGGAUGAUGCAAUGUCCAGCCAUCAACACAUUUGUGAAGGAAUUUUUACUCCCCAAAAGAGCGCCCCCCCAUGGCAGGAGAAAAAAGUCCAUUUUUUCUUGUCCCCUUACAUGAAAAUACACAUUGUUGAGUGUCACGCCUGAACGCUUUGUCAUAUUGACACAAAAAUUGACAAUCAUGUGUAUCUCAAUUAGAUCUACGAAAAAGUCAAAGAGCGCGUAUCUGUAUAAUGUACGGUUAAAGGGCUAUUUCGCAUUUUUUGCCGAUUCGCACACAUUGGAAUGUGGCUAUCUCCUCCUAAGGCUUUCGUCCCACUGAUACCAAAUUUGCUCAGGGCAAUUUACACCCCAUGCCCAUUCAAAGUUGUAAAAAUCAUGACGCUGCACCCCACGGUUUACGUUCUAGGGGGCGCCAAAGAUGACCCAAAAAUCCACAUUCUUAAAAGUCAUUUUGGCCACUGCAGGAGUACAGAGUACUGCAGUUCUAGGGGGCGCCAAAGAUGACCCAAAAAUCCACAUUCUUAAAAGUCAUUUUGGCCACUGCAGGAGUACAGAGUACUGCAGUUCUAGGGGGCGCCAAAGAUGACCCAAAAAUCCACAUUCUUAAAAGUCUUUUUGGCCACUGCAGGAGUACAGAGUACUGCAGGAUACACACACAUAUACACACACGCCAACACACACACACACACACACACACACACUCAGAGUCUGUUUUUUAGCACCUGCAAAAACAUGCUGUUUACAUAUUUGACAAGAAUGCAGAGGCUUCCUUUUGCCCCUGAAAAAAAUCAAAUUUCAAACACAACUUGACUGUUCAUUUCUCCAAAAGACAACCAUGAAGCUCCAUCCAAACCUGAAGCAGAUAGUUGGUGCAUGUGUACAGUAACCUGAGGGGAGUGAGGUGACUAUUUCUGAGGAGAACAUGAGCAGUGAAGAUUCACCUUGGAGCUAGAACAGGGACGUGCACAUGAUUAUACAGGGGCAGGGGCUCAAGUUUUUUCCAGUCAUUUAUACAAUAUGGAAAUUAAUGUGAAAUUAAAAAACAAAGUAUUAAUAGAAAGGUUAUAACUGUCCUGUGUAGAUGACAGUGAUAUCCAAUAGGCUAGGCACUCACGAGGCUGGCUGUGGCAAGUGUAAGUGAAAGCAACACGCACUGGCAGGAAGAACAGCAAACGCCGAUGAAGGAAAGGGUCUUUGCAGUGAUGGGCGUUACCAGAGAGGACGAUGGCCAAUGGACGCGAAUGGGACGGGGAGGCAGCGCGUUGGGGGGGGCAGCGCGACACGGCUCGGGCCCGCCAGUGCCCCAACGGGGCCCUAGUUAUUAUUUUUCCUCCCCUUUGAACUGGAAAAUGGCCCACUUCCCACUGGCGAAAACUCAUGAAAUUUGGCAGGACGACCGGGCCUGGUGAAAAAUUUGAUAUUCCGAAGUCGCCCAAACAAGAAAAUGCAAAAUGGCUCCAUAGCGCCCCCUAAGGUGAAAAUUCACACUAUUGACUGUCACGCCUGUACGCUUUGUCAAAAUGACACAAAAAUUGACACACACAUGUAUCUCAAUAAGAUCUACAAAAAAGUCAGUGCGGGCGUAUCUGUCAAAUGUACGGUUAAAGGGUUAUUUUGCAUUUUUUGCCGAUCCGCACACAUUGGAAUUUCGCUAACUCCUCCGAAGGCUUUCGUUCCACCGGCACCACAUUUGCUCAGGCCAAUCUACACCCCAUGGCCAUUAAAAGUUAUUCAAAUCAUGACGCUGCACCCCACGGUUUAGGUUCUAGGGGGCGCCAAAGAUAACCCUAAGAUCCACAUAUUUAAAAGUCUUAUAACUUUUUAUUUUUGUCCCCACUGGCCUCCAAGUUUUCUAGGAUGAUGCAAUGUCCAGCCAUCAACACAUUUGUGAAGGAAUUUUUACUCCCCAAAAGAGCGCCCCACCAUGGCAGGAGAAAAAAGUCCAUUUUUUCUUGUCCCCUAAGGUGAAAAUACACAUUGUUGAGUGUAACACCUGUACGCUUUGGCAAAAUGACACCAAAAUUGACACACACAUGUAUCUCAAUAAGAUCUACAAAAAAGUCAAUGCGCGCGUAUCUGUCAAAUGUACGGUUAAAGGGUUAUUCCGCAUUUUUUGCCGAUCCGCACACAUUGGAAUUUCGCUAACUCCUCCGAAGGCUUUCGUUCCACCGGCACCACAUUUGCUCAGGCCAAUCUACACCCCAUGGCCAUUAAAAGUUAUUCAAAUCAUGACGCUGCACCCCACGGUUUAGGUUCUAGGGGGCGCCAAAGAUAACCCUAAAAUCCACAUAUUUAAAAGUCUUAUAACUUUUUAUUUUUGUCCUCACUGGCCUCCAUGUUUUCUAGGAUGAUGCAAUGUCCAGCCAUCAACACAUUUGUGAAGGAGUUUUUUCUCGUUAAAAGAGCGCCCCCCAUGGCAGGAGAAUAAAGUCAAGUUUUUCCUGUUCAUCAUUCAAUGGCUCAAACGCACUGCUCUCUCGGCAAAAGCGAAAGGAGGAGCAACUUGCCAUUUGGAUAUAUCUUAGCUGUGUUUGUGACCUCACUCAUGGUCCAGACUUUUUUCAAAUAGGACAUGGAGUUUUUCUGCAGCGAGCGUUUUGGUAGAAACUGCGCCUCCCGUUCAUUAUAAUGGUAAAUGACCACAAACAAGUGCGCACACCAUCUUUGAACCUUGAGUGUGACGCGAUCGGGUGGGGGAGGCGGUCGCGCUGGGGGCGGCGUGACACGGCUCGGGCCCGCCAGUGCCCCAACGGGGCCCUAGUUAUUAUUUUUCCUCCCCUUUGAACUGGAAAAUGGCCCACUUCCCACUGGCGAAAACUCAUGAAAUUUGGCAGGACGACCGGGCCUGGUGAAAAAUUUGAUAUUCCGAAGUCGCCCAAACAAGAAAAUGCAAAAUGGCUCCAUAGCGCCCCCUAAGGUGAAAAUUCACACUAUUCACUGUCACGCCGGUACGCUUUGUCAAAAUGACACAAAAAUUGACACACACAUGUAUCUCAAUAAGAUCUACAAAAAAGUCAGUGCGGGCGUAUCUGUCAAAUGUACGGUUAAAGGGUUAUUUCGCAUUUUUUGCCGAUCCGCACACAUUGGAAUUUCGCUAACUCCUCCGAAGGCUUUCGUUCCACCGGCACCACAUUUGCUCAGGCCAAUCUACACCCCAUGGCCAUUAAAAGUUAUUCAAAUCAUGACGCUGCACCCCACGGUUUAGGUUCUAGGGGGCGCCAAAGAUAACCCUAAGAUCCACAUAUUUAAAAGUCUUAUAACUUUUUAUUUUUGCCCUCACUGGCCUCCAAGUUUUCUAGGAUAAUGCAAUGUCCAGCCAUCAACACAUUUGUGAAGGAAUUUUUACUCCCCAAAAGAGCGCCCCCCCAUGGCAGGAGAAAAAAGUCCAUUUUUUCUUGUCCCCUAAGGUGAAAAUACACAUUGUUGAGUGUAACACCUGUACGCUUUGGCAAAAUGACACAAAAAUUGACACACACAUGUAUCUCAAUAAGAUCUACGAAAAAGUCAAUGCGCGCGUAUCUGUCAAAUGUACGGUUAAAGGGUUAUUCCGCAUUUUUUGCCGAUCCGCACACAUUGGAAUUUCGCUAACUCCUCCGAAGGCUUUCGUUCCACCGGCACCACAUUUGCUCAGGCCAAUCUACACCCCAUGGCCAUUAAAAGUUAUUCAAAUCAUGACGCUGCACCCCACGGUUUAGGUUCUAGGGGGCGCCAAAGAUAACCGUAAAAUCCACAUAUUUAAAAGUCUUAUAACUUUUUAUUUUUGUCCCCACUGGCCUCCAAGUUUUCUAGGAUGAUGCAAUGUCCAGCCAUCAACACAUUUGUGAAGGAAUUUUUACUCGGCAAAAGAGCGCCCCCCCAUGGCAGGAGAAAAAAGUCAAUUUUUUCUUGUCCACUAAGGUGAAAAUACACAUUGUUGAGUGCUACGCCUGUAUGUUUUGUCGUAUUGACACAAAAUUUUACAUACACGUGUAUUUACAUAAGAUCUUCGAAAAAGUCAAUGGCCACGUAUCUGUAAAAUGUACGGUUAAAGGGUUAUUUCGCAUUUUUUGCAGAUUCGCACACAUUGGAAUUUCGCUAAUUCCUCCGAAGGCUUUCGUUCCACCGGCACCACAUUUGCUCAAGCCAAUCUACACCCCAUGGCCAUUAAAAGUUAUUCAAAUCAUGACGCUGCACCCCACGGUUUAGGUUCUAGGGGGCGCCAAAUAUAACCCUAAAAUCCACAUAUUUAAAAGUCUUAUAACUUUUUAUUUUUGUCCUCACUGGCCUCCAUGUUUUCUAGGAUGAUGCAAUGUCCAGCCAUCAACACAUUUGUGAAGGAGUUUUUUCUCUUUAAAAGAGCGCCCCCCCAUGGCAGGAGAAUAAAGUCAAGUUUUUCCUGUUCAUCAUUCAAUGGCUCAAACGCACUGCUCUCUCGGCAAAAGCGAAAGGAGGAGCAACUUGCCAUUUGGAUAUAUCUUAGCUGUGUUUGUGCCCUCACUCAUGGUCCAGACUUUUUUCAAAUAGGACAUGGAGUUUUUCUGCAGCGAGCGUUUUGGUAGAAACUGCGCCCUCCGUUCAUUAUAAUGGUAAAUGACCACAAACAAGUGCGCACACCAUCUUUGGACCUUGAGUGUGACGCGAUCGGGUGGGGGAGGCGGUCGCGCUGGGGGCGGCGUGACACGGCUCGGGCCCGCCAGUGCCCCAACGGGGCCCUAGUUAUUAUUUUUCCUCCGCUUUAAACUGGAAAAUGGCCCACUUCCCACUGGCGAAAACUCAGGAAAUUUGGCAGGACGACCGGGCCUGGUGAAAAAUUCGAUAUUCUGAAGUCGCCCAAACAAUAAAAUGCAAAAUGGCUCCAUAGCGCCCCCUAAGGUGAAAAUUCACAUGACGGCUGUACGCUUUGUCAUAUUGACACAAAAAUUGACACACACAUGUAUCUCAAUAAGAUCUACAAAAAAGUCAGUGCGGGCGUAUCUGUCAAAUGUACGGUUAAUGGGUUAUUUUGCAUUUUUUGCAGAUCUGCACACAUUGGAAUUUCGCUAACUCCUCCGAAGGCUUUCGUUCGACCGGCACCACAUUUGCGCAGGCCAAUCUACCCCCCAUGGCCAUUAAAAGUUGUACAAAUCAUGACGCUGCACCCCACGGUUUAUGUUCUAGGGGGCGCCAAAGAUAACCCAAAAUCCACAUUCUUAAAAGUCUUAUAACUUUUUAUUUUUGUCCUCACUGGCCUCCAAGUUUUCUAGGAUGAUGCAAUGUCCAGCCAUCAACACAUUUGUGAAGGAAUUUUUACUCCCCAAAAGAGCGCCCCCCCAUGGCAGGAGAAAAAAGUCCAUUUUUUCUUGUCCCCUUACAUGAAAAUACACAUUGUUGAGUGUCACGCCUGAACGCUUUGUCAUAUUGACACAAAAAUUGACAAUCAUGUGUAUCUCAAUUAGAUCUACGAAAAAGUCAAAAAGCGCGUAUCUGUAUAAUGUACGGUUAAAGGGCUAUUUCGCAUUUUUUGCCGAUUCGCACACAUUGGAAUGUGGCUGACUCCUCCUAAGGCUUUCGUCCCACCGAUACCAAAUUUGCUCAGGGCAAUCUACACCCCAUGCCCAUUCAAAGUUGUAAAAAUCAUGACGCUGCACCCCACGGUUUACGUUCUAGGGGGCGCCAAAGAUAACCCAAAAUCCACAUUCUUAAAAGUCUUAUAACUUUUUAUUUUUGUCCUCACUGCCCUCCAAGUUUUCUAGGAUGAUGCAAUGUCCAGCCAUCAACACAUUUGUGAAGGAAUUUUUACUCCCCAAAAGAGCGCCCCCCCAUGGCAGGAGAAAAAAGUCAAUUUUUUCUUGUCCCCUUACAUGAAAAUACACAUUGUUGAGUGUCACGCCUGAACGCUUUGUCAUAUUGACACAAAAAUUGACAAUCAUGCGUAUCUCAAUUAGAUCUACGAAAAAGUCAAAAGCGCGUAUCUGUAUAAUGUACGGUUAAAGGGCUAUUUCGCAUUUUUUGCCGAUUCACACACAUUGGAAUGUGGCUAUCUCCUCCUAAGGCUUUCGUCCCACCGAUACCAAAUUUGCUCAGGGCAAUCUACACCCCAUGGCCCAUUCAAAGUUGUAAAAAUCAUGACGCUGCACCCCACGGUUUACGUUCUAGGGGGCGCCAAAGAUGACCCAAAAAUCCACAUUCUUAAAAGUCAUUUUGGCCACUGCAGGAGUACAGAGUACUGCAGUUCUAGGGGGCGCCAAAGAUGACCCAAAAAUCCACAUUCUUAAAAGUCUUUUUGGCCACUGCAGGAGUACAGAGUACUGCAGGAUACACACACAUACACACACACACACACACACACACACACACACACACACACACACACACUCAGAGUCUGUUUUUUAGCACCUGCAAAAACAUGCUGUUUACAUAUUUGACAAGAAUGCAGAGGCUUCCUUUUGCCGCUGAAAAAAAUCAUAUUUCAAACACAACUUGACUGUUCAUUUCUCCAAAAGACAACCAUGAAGCUCCAUCCAAACCUGAAGCAGAUAGUUGGUGCAUGUGUACAGUAACCUGAGGGGAGUGAGGUGACUAUUUCUGAGGAGAACAUGAGCAGUGAAGAUUCACCUUGGAGCUAGAACAGGGACGUGCACAUGAUUAUACAGGGGCAGGGGCUCAAGUUUUUUCCAGUCAUUUAUACAAUAUGGAAAUUAAUGUGAAAUUAAACCACAAAUAUGUGUGAUGAACUGUUUUUAAAACUUAAACUUCAAAUAAAAAUUGUAAACUUCAAAACAUAUGCAAAUUUUUAACAAAGAACAUAGUAAUUUACCUCUAUUUACAUCAAAAUGCAGGCAAUGGCCCAGGCGUUCUUUGUAAAAUUAUUUACAAAACACUGUAUAGUCUCACAAAUGUCACUUUUUAUUUAUGCCACUACAAAAAAUGAUGAAUGAUGUAAAUGAUGCAUGAUGUAAAACAUGAUGUAAAAAACUUGUGUAGAUCCUCCUCUAUGUCAGUCCAUGUGUAAUUUUUCCAUAAUUCUUUGUUUUUUGCAGCAUUUUUGUUAGUGUAACUGCAGAUUGUGCUGACAGUCUAUGGCAAAAAAAACAAAAACUGAAAAUGCCUCAACAUGAACCCCUGGUGGUCUCUGAGGGUGAAACCUGCUAACUGCUGCAGCUCUGUCAGCUUCAGUCUCCCAUGCAGAGCUCGGAGCGCAUGUGUGGCUCUGCACCCUUAGCAGCGUUGCUAACUCCUCAGUAAGGAAAGCCUGCUUCAUGUCAGAGUCUCUAAACUCCAGAAGAAGUCGAUAAAAGUCCCUUUCUUUCUAAAAAGUCGUUAGGGGGUCUGAAAAGUAAUUGAAUCUAACAACAAAGUCGCUAGGUUUGCAACUACGUGUCCCAGACUGCAUCCCUGCUGAGAGUCCCUCCCUCCCUUCUCAUAUUGCAGGAAGAACGUAAGCGCCCGCCCCUUGUCAAUCAGUCACCAUAUAAUUUUGGAUUGGUUGUUGUGGUGAAGUUUUCCACCAAUAGGAGAGAUGUUGUGGUGUGUUUUUUUUUUCUUUUGGCAAGCCUUUUCCGCCUGUAAGACCUGUCGCUAAUGUGUGCAUGCUAUGUUUUCCUGUCUCAUACAGCGCGAUCGAGCGCCGAACGUGAUCAAAAUAAGCAGAAAAAAAGUAUCGCGGACAUAAUUUAUCAUAACUCUGGUUUUAUUUGGCCUAUCAACACAAUUUAAAAACUGGUAUAUAGGUUGAGGUCCUCACUUUUGAGAUAAGUUGAAACGGAGAGUUAACGAGGCUCCCUCUUGCAGCUACAUCCGGUUAAAUAUGUCAUGUGACUUGAACGUGGGGAGCGUCAAUCGAAUCGAAUCAAACCUAACUCUCAGAUGAAUCUUCAAAAUUCACCUCAGAAAUAUGCUUAUUAUUCUUCUCAGAGUACUGCAGGAUACACACACACACACGCACACACACACACACACACACACACACACACACACACACACACACUCAGAGUCUGUUUUUUAGCACCUGCAAAAACAUGCUAUUUACAUAUUUGACAAGAAUGCAGAGGCUUCCUUUUGCCCCUGAAAAAAAUCAAAUUUCCAACACAACUUGACUGCUCAUUUCUCCAAAAGACAACCAUGAAGCUCCAUCCAAACCUGAAGCAGGCAGUUGGUGCAUGUGUACAGUAACCUGAGGGGAGUGAGGUGACUGCUUCUGAGGAGAACAUGAGCAGUGAAGAUUCACCUUGGAGCUAGAACAGGGACGUGCACAUGAUAAUACAGGGGCAGGGGCUCAAGUUUUUUCCAGUCGUUUAUACAAUAUGGAAAUUAAUGUGAAAUUAAAACACAAAGUAUUAAUAGAAAGGUAAUGACUGUCCUGUGUAGGUGACAGUGAUAUCCAAUAGGCUAGGCACUCACGAGGCUGGCUGUGGCAAGUGUAAGUGAAAGCAACACGCACUGGCAGGAAGAACAGCAAACGCCGAUGAAGGAAAAGGGUCUUUGCAGUGAUGGGCGUUACCAGAGAGGGCGAUGGCCAGAGGACACAAAUGGGACGGGGAGGCAGCGCGUUGGGGGGGGGGGGGGGGGCGACACGGCUCGGGCCCGCCAGUGCCCCAACGGGGUCCUAGUUGUUUCUUUCUUUCUUUCUUAGGGCCCGAGCGUAGCUGCUAAGCAGCUGCGAGAGCCCUCUUAUUCCUGAUGGAUUCUUCUUUAGGGCCCGAGCCAGCUGCAACGCAGCCGGGCGUAGAGCCCUCUUGUUUUUCGAUGGGUUUUUCUUUCUUCUUUCUUUCUUCUUCUUCUUUUUCCUCCCCUUUGAACUGGAAAAUGGCCCACUUCCCACUGGCGAAAAACUCAUGAAAUUUGGCAGGACGACCGGGCCUGGUGAAAAAUUCGAUAUUCUGAAGUCGCCCAAACAAUAAAAUUGCAAAAUGGCUCCAUAGCACCCCCAAAGGUGAAAAUUCACACCAUUGACUGUCACACCUGUACGCUUUGUCAUAUUGACACAAAAAUUGACACACACAUGUAUCUCAAUAAGAUCUACAAAAAAGUCAGUGAGGGCGUAUCUGUCAAAUGUACGGUUAAAGGGUUAUUUCGCAUUUUUUGCCGAUCUGCACACAUUGGAAUUUCGCUAACUCCUCCGAAGGCUUUCGUUCCACCGGCACCACAUUUGCUCAGGCCAAUCUACACCCCAUGGCCAUUAGUAGUUGUACAAAUCAUGACGCUGCGCCCCACGGUUUAGGUUCUAGGAGGCGCCAAAGAUAACCCAAAAAUCCACAGUCUUUAAAGUCUUAUAACUUUUUAUUUUUGUCCUCACUGGCCUCCAAGUUCUCUAGGAUGAUGCAAUGUCCAGCCAUCAACACAAUUGUGAAGGAAUUUUUACUCCCGAAAAGAGCGCCCCCCCAUGGCAUGAGAAAAAAGUCCAUGUUUUCUUGUCCCCUAAGGUGAAAAAACACACUAUUGAGUGUCACAUCUGUACGCUUUGUCAUAUUGACACAAAAAUUGACACACACGUGUAUCUCAAUAAGAUCUACAAAAAAGUCAGCGUGGGCGUAUCUGUCAAAUGUACGGUUAUAGGGCUCGUAUUUUUUGCCGAUCCGCACACAUUGGAAUUUCGCUAACUCCUCCGAAGGCUCUCUUUCCACCGGCACCAAAUUUGCUCAGGCUAAUCUACACCCCAUGGCCAUUCAAAGUUGUAUAAAUCAUGACCCUGCACCCCACGGUUUAGGUUCUAGGGGGCGCCAAAGAUAACCCAAAAAUCCACAUUCUUAAAAGUCUUAUAACUUUUUAUUUUUGUCCUCACUCGCCUCCAAGUUUUCUAGGAUGAUGCAAUGUCCAGCCAUCAACACAUUUUUGAAGAUAUUUUUACUCCCCAAAAGAGCGCCCCCCCAUGGCAGGAGAAAAUAGUCAAUUUUUUCUUGGCCCCUGAGGUGAAAAUACACAUUGUUGAGUGUCACGCCUGUACGCUUUGUCAUAUUGACACAAAAUUUGACAAUCACAUGUAUCUCAAUAAGAUCUACGAAAAAGUCACUGCGCACGUAUCUGUCAAAUGUACGGUUCAAGGGCUAUUUCGCAUUUUUUGCCGAUUCACACACAUUGGAAUGUGGCUAACUCCUCCUAAAGCUUUCGUCCCACCGGCAACAAAUUGGCUCAGGCCAAUCUACACCCCAUGGCCAUUAAAAGUUGUAAAAAUCAUCUUGCUGCACCCUAUGGUUUACGUUCUAGGGGGCGCCAAAGAAAACCCAAAAAUCCACAUUCUUAAAAGUCGUUUUGGCCACUGAGUGGCGCCAAAGGGACUUGUCCAUUAACAGCAGACAAAGUAGUUAUGGCCACUGAGUGGCGCCAAAGGGAGUUGUCUAUUAAAUCUGAUGCUACAGAAAAAGUUAAAAGGCUUAAAUUUUUGCUAUAUUAGUGACUUUAUGUCUUUAAUGGGCUCUUAAAGGGUGAAAAAAAUAUUUUCAAUGAAACAUUUGCUAGUUUUGAACAGGGCAGAAGUAAAAUAAGAGAUGUACAAAAGAAAAAUCUUGAAAAAAUAUGAAUUCCAAUUUGAUUUUACAGCAGACAAAGUACUUUUGGCCACUGGGUGGGGCCAAAGGGAGUUGUCUAUUAACAUCAGACAAAGUUGUUAUGGCCACUGAGGGGCGCCAAAGGGAGUUGUCUAUUAAAUCUGAUGCUACAGAAAAAGUUAAAAGGCUCAAAUUUUUGCUAUAUUAGUGACUUUAUGUCCUAAAUGGGCUCUUAAAGGGUUAAAAAAAAUAUUUUCAAUGAAACAUUUGCUAGUUUUGAACAGGGCAGAAGUAAAAUGAGAGACGUACAAAAGAAAAAUCUGGAAAAAAUAUUAAUCCAAUUUGAUUUUACAGCAGACAAAGUACUUUUGGCCACUGGGUGGCGCCAAAGGGAGCUGUCUAUUAACAUCAGACAAAGUUGUUAUGGCCACUGAGGGGCGCCAAAGGGAGUUGUCUAUUAAAUCUGAUGCUACAGAAAAAGUUAAAAGGCUCAAAUUUUUGCUAUAUUAGUGACUUUAUGUCCUAAAUGGGCUCUUAAAGGGUUAAAAAAUAUAUUUUCAAUGAAACAUUUGCUAGUUUUGAACAGGGCAGAAGUAAAAUGAGAGACGUACAAAAGAAAAAUCUGGAGAAAAUAUUAAUCCAAUUUGAUUUUACAGCAGACAAAGUAGUUUUGGCCACUGAGUGGCGCCAAAGGGAGCUGUCUAUUAACAUCAGACAAAGUUGUUAUGGCCACUGAGGGGUGCCAAAGGGAGUUGUCUAUUAAAUCUGAUGCUACAGAAAAAGUUAAAAGGCUCAAUUUUUUUGCUACAUUAGUGACUUUAUGUCUUAAAUGGGCUCUUAAAGGGUUAAAAAAAUUAUUUUCGAUGAAACAUUUGCUAGUUUUGAACAGGGCAGAAGUAAAAUAAGAGAUGUACAAAAGAAAAAUCUGGAAAAAAUAUUAAUCCAAUAUGAUUUUACAGCAGACAAAGUAGUUUUGGCCACUGAGGGGCGCCAAAGGGAGUUGUCUAUAAAAUCUGAUGCUACAUAAAAAGUUUAAAGGCAUCAAAGUCAAUCAUAUUACUAAUCUCUCACAUAUAUAAGACUUUGAUGCCCCGCAAGAGAAAACCAGUUUUUAUAAUGUUUGAUAAAAAAAAAAUUGGUCAUUUUCCUUACCCCCCAUGGCAGGAGAAAAAGUCAAGUUUUUCCUGCCCAGCGCUCAAUGGCUCAAACGCAUCGCUUUCUCGGCAAAACCGAAAGGAGGAGCAACUUGCCAUUUGGAUAUAUCCUAGCUGUGUUUGUGCCCUCACUCAUGGUCCAGACUUCUUUCAAAUAGGACAUGGAAUUUGUCUGCAGUGAGCGUUUCUGUAGAAACUGCGCCUCCCAUUUAUUAUAAUGGUAAAUGACCACAGACAAGUGCGCACACCAUCUUUGGACCUUGAGUGUGACGCGAUCGGGAGGGGGAGGCGAUCGCGCUGGGGGCGGCGUGACACGGCUCUGGCACACACCACAACAUCUCUCCUAUUGGUGGAAAACUUCACCACAACAACCAAUCCAAAAUUAUAUGGUGACUGAUUGACAAGGGGCGGGCGCUUACGUUCUUCCUGCAACAUGAGAAGGGAGGGAGGGACUCUCAGCAGGGAUGCAGUCUGGGACACGUAGUUGCAAACCUAGCGACUUUGUUGUUAGAUUCAAUUACUUUUCAGACCCCCUAACGACUUUUUUUUAGAAAGAAAGGGACUUUUAUCGACUUCUUCUGGAGUUUAGAGACUCUGACAUGAAGCAGGCUUUCCUUACUGAGGAGUUAGCAAUGCUGCUAAGUAGUGCUGGGCGAUAGGACGAUAGAUAUCGUGGGCACGAUAGAAAAUGUCUAUCGUGCCAUUUUUAUUUUUAUCGUUUCGGGCGAUAGGCUGUAUUUUAUCCAUAGGGCUUGUGCCAUCAGAUGAUUCAUAGUAACAACAACAAUAAUUGCACAUUCAGUAAGUGUAUUUGGUGUCGAACGGGAAAGAAAACAAUAUUUUCUUACAAAGAAAAGGAUGCGUUGACAUGUAGGCUUGCAUUUCUCUUUCGAUUUUGCGACAUGACUCCGCUUUACGUGCCCUCUUCGUGUCCAGCGUCUCCCGCCGUUGCGGGUUACCUGGGUUACACACGUGAGGGGAUCAUUGUAAGCAGUGCUUAAUUUGUGUCGGAGCGCGAUCCGGGACCUCUUUUGAUCGGAUCCGGGACCUAUUUCAGCCGCUCCGGCACCUGUUUCAUCUGCUCCGGGACCUUCCCUGUAGAGGAUGACAUUUUUCGGGAAUUCCCGUGGGUCACGUGAUUCCCGCGGGAAUCCCACGGGAUGGGAGUCAUUUUUUAAUUAAUCCUUUGUUUGGGACGGGACGGGAAAAAAGGCAACGGGAGUGGGCAGGAGCGGGAACAACAUUAAAAGAUGAUCAUUUUCAGCCGUGUUUAACAACCAGAUGAACAGGUGCGUCCAUUUUUGUAGUCAUCUCUCAGUGAAAGCCAACACUCUUGACCGCGCUAGCAACACAAAAGAACUACAACAGUGGUUUGACUUCCUGUCAGCUGGGAGCGCGGCUGCGCAUUUCUACCCUUCAAGCCAGCAGCGAGGAAACGUAAUUUUGUGACAUUCUGUAGUUUUUCAAUCAUUUCUGGAGUCGUGGCGAAUCAAAUCACCUUACCUGUCUGCCCCUGAUAGGCGAAUAAAGCGCUCGGAUUCAUGCUCGGGUCUUGCUACGUGCUUCAAGAGUAAAGUAAACAAUGAUGGAGGCAGAGAGCAGCUUUGGAGGAGAAACAUCUAGCAGUGUGAACAACCUCUUCAAAAGAGCCCUAAAGACCUACCUUUUUAAUAAAGCCUUUGGUUAGUUUUCCUCUAUGCUUUAUGCUUUUACUACCUUGCCUCUUACAUUGCAACUCUAUAUUUUUUAUUUUUUUUAAUUCUUUUUUAUGCCAAUCUGUGACUGUCAUUCUAUUGCUUUUUUAUUGUUGCUGCUCUUUUUUUACUGUGUACUGUAGCACUUUGAGAUUUUUUGUAAAUGUAAAGUGCAUUACAAAUUAAAUUUAUUAUUAUUAUUAUUAUUAUUAUUAUUAUUAUUAUGGAGUGCUUUGGCUCACACUAUCGGCGUUUUCUGUGAGUGUUGCAUAACUUUGGGUGAGCACAGACAUGAACGCACUUCGGCCACAUAUUUAUUUAUUCAUUUUUCUAGUUUUAAGUGCUGGUCUUGUACUGGUACUGUACUAGUGCAGCUGUAUACACUUAAAUUUUUCAUAGAACUGAAAGCAUACCAUAGCUAUAUCGUGAUAUAUAUCGUUAUCGUGAUAUAAAAUGAUCCAUAUCGUGAUAUACAUUUUUUUCCAUAUCGCCCAGCACUACUGCUAAGGGUGCAGAGCCACACAUGCGCUCCGAGCUCUGCAUGGGAGACUGAAGCUGACAGAGCUGCAGCAGUUAGCAGGUUUCACCCUCAGAGACCACCAGGGGUUCAUGUUGAGGCAUUUUAAUUUUUUUUUUUUUUUUUGUGCCAUAGACACUGUCAGCACAAUCUGCAGUUACACUAACAAAAAUGCUGCAAAAAACAAAGAAUUAUGGAAAAAUUACACAUGGACUGACAUAGAGGAGGAUCUACACAAGUUUUUUACAUCAUGUUUUACAUCAUGCAUCAUUUACAUCAUGUUUUUUUGUAGUGGCAUAAAUAAAAAGUGACAUUUGUGAGACUAUACAGUGUUUUGUAAAUAAUUUUACAAAGAACACCUGGGCCAUUGCCUGCAUUUUGAUGUAAAUAGAGGUAAAUUACUAUGUUCUUUGUUAAAAAUUUGCAUAUGUUUUGAAGUUUACAAUUUUUAUUUGAAGUUUUAGUUUUAAAAACAGUUCAUCACACAUAUUUGUGGUUUUCACAGUAAAAAUGUUAUUUUUUUCCACUCGGAUUUUAUGUUUUGUGUGUGAAUUUGGGUCCAUUGUGUAAAUACAGUAUGUCAAAAUGAUAAAAUAACUGUAAAUUCGCUUAGGUGAGGUUGUGCUGAAAAAAAUGAUACCAGGCAAGGCAAGGUAAAAAAUUUUUAAGAGGAAAUAUAAAGGUAAAAUCUAAAGUAGUCAAAAACGGCCAAUAGUGACUCCCAGACUCCAUGGACAAGUCCCUUUGGCGCCACUCAGUGGCCAAAACGACUUUGAAGAAUGUGGAUUUUUGGGUCAUCUUUUGGCGCCCCUAGAACGUGAACCGUGGGGUGCAGCGUCAUGAUUUUUACAACUUUGAAUGGCCAUGGGGUGUAGAUUGGCCUGAACAAAUUUGGUGUCAGUGGGACGAAAGCCUUAGGAGUGUGCGAAUCGGCAAAAAAAGCAAAAUAGCCCUUUAACCGUACAUUUGACAGAUACGCGCCCAUCGCCUUUUUCGUAGAUCUUAUUGAGAUACACGUGAUUGUCAAAUUUUGUGUCAAUAUGACAAAGCGUAUAGGCGUGAAUCUCAACAAUAUGUAUUUUCACCUUAGGGGACAAGAAAAAAUGGACUUUUUUCUCCUGCUAUGGGGGGGGGCGCUCUUUUGGGGAGUAAAAAUUCCUUCACAAAUGUGUUGAUGGCUGGACAUUGCAUCAUCCUAGAAAACUUGGAGGCCAGUGAGGACAAAAAUAAAAAGUUAUAAGACUUUUAAAUAUGUGGAUUUUAGGGUUAUCUUUGGCGCCCCCUAGAACCUAAACCGUGGGGUGCAGCGUCAUGAUUUGAAUAACUUUUAAUGGCCAUGGGGUGUAGAUUGGCCUGAGCAAAUGUGGUGCCGGUGGAACGAAAGCCUUAGGAGAAGUUAGCCACAUUCCAAUGUGUGCGGAUCGGCAAAAAAUGCGGAAUAACCCUUUAACCGUACAUUUGACAGAUAUGCGCACAUUGACUUUUUCGUAGAUCUUAAUGAGUUACAUGUGUGUGUCAAUUUUUGUGUCAUUUUGACAAAGCGUAUAGGCGUGACACUCAACAAUGUGUAUUUUCACCUUAGGGGACAAGAAAAAAUGGACUUUUUUCUCCUGCCAUGGGGGGGCGCUCUUUUGGGGAGUAAAAAUUCCUUCACAAAUUUGUUGAUGGCUGGACAUUGCAUCAUCCUAGAAAACUUGGAGGCCAGUGAGGACAAAAAUAAAAAGUUAUAAGACUUUUAAAUAUGUGGAUUUUAGGGUUAUCUUUGGCGCCCCCUAGAACCGCCAGUGCCAGUGCCCCAACGGGGCCCUAGUUAGGGCCCGAGCGUAGCUGCUAAGCAGCUGCGAGAGCCCUCUUAUUGACACACACAUGUAUCAAGGGGGCGCCAAAGAUAACCCUAAAAUCCACAUAUUUAAAAGUCUUAUAACUUUUUAUUUUUGUCCUGACUGGCCUCCAAGUUUUCUAGGAUGAUGCAAUGUCCAGCCAUCAACACAUUUGUGAAGGAAUUUUUACUCCCCAAAAGAGCGCCCCCCCCCCCCAUGGCAGGAGAAAAAAGUCCAUUUUUUCUUGUCCUCUAAGGUGAAAAUACAUAUUGUUGAGAUUCACGCCUAUACGCUUUGUCAUAUUGACACAAAAUUUGACAAUCACGUGUAUCUCAAUAAGAUCUACGAAAAAGGCGAUGGGUGUGUAUCUGUCAAAUGUACGGUUAAAGGGCUAUUUUGCUUUUUUUGCCGAUUCGCACACUCCUAAGGCUUUCGUCCCACUGACACCAAAUUUGCUCAGGCCAAUCUACACCCCAUGGCCAUUCAAAGUUGUAAAAAUCAUGACGCUGCACCCCACGGUUCACGUUCUAGGGGCGCCAAAAGAUGACCCAAAAAUCCACAUUCUUCAAAGUCGUUUUGGCCACUGAGUGGCGCCAAAGGGACUUGUCCAUGGACUCUGGGAGUCACUAUUGGCCGUUUUUGACUACUUUAGAUUUUACCUUUAUAUUUCCUCUUAAAAUUUUUUUACCUUGCCUUGCCUGGUAUCAUUUUUUUCAGCACAACCUCACCUAAGCAAAUUUACAGUUAUUUUAUAAUUUUGACAUACUGUAUUUACACAAUGGACCCAAAUUCACACACAAAACAUAAAAUCCGAGUGGAAAAAAGUAACAUUUUUACUGUGAAAACCACAAAUAUGUGUGAUGAACUGUUUUUAAAACUUAAACUUCAAAUGAAAAUUGUAAACUUCAAAACAUAUGCAAAUUUUUAACAAAGAACAUAGUAAUUUACCUCUAUUUACAUCAAAAUGCAGGCAAUGGCCCAGGCGUUCUUUGUAAAAUUAUUUACAAAACACUGUAUAGUCUCACAAAUGUCACUUUUUAUUUAUGCCACUACAAAAAAACAUGAUGUAAAUGAUGCAUGAUGUAAAACAUGAUGUAAAAAACUUGUGUAGAUCCUCCUCUAUGUCAGUCCAUGUGUAAUUUUUCCAUAAUUCUUUGUUUUUUGCAGCAUUUUUGUUAGUGUAACUGCAGAUUGUGCUGACAGUGUCUAUGGCACAAAAAAAAAAAAAAAUUAAAAUGCCUCAACAUGAACCCCUGGUGGUCUCUGAGGGUGAAACCUGCUAACUGCUGCAGCUCUGUCAGCUUCAGUCUCCCAUGCAGAGCUCGGAGCGCAUGUGUGGCUCUGCACCCUUAGCAGCGUUGCUAACUCCUCAGUAAGGAAAGCCUGCUUCAUGUCAGAGUCUCUAAACUCCAGAAGAAGUCGAUAAAAGUCCCUUUCUUUCUAAAAAAAAGUCGUUAGGGGGUCUGAAAAGUAAUUGAAUCUAACAACAAAGUCGCUAGGUUUGCAACUACGUGUCCCAGACUGCAUCCCUGCUGAGAGUCCCUCCCUCCCUUCUCAUGUUGCAGGAAGAACGUAAGCGCCCGCCCCUUGUCAAUCAGUCACCAUAUAAUUUUGGAUUGGUUGUUGUGGUAAAGUUUUCCACCAAUCGGAGAGAUGUUGUGGUGUGUUUUUUUUUUUCUUUUGGCAAGCCUUUUCCGCCUGUAAGACCUGUCGCUAAUGUCUGCAUGCUUUGUUUUCCUGUCUCAUACAGCGCGAUUGAGCACCGAACGUGAUCAAAAUAAGCAGAAAAAAAGUAUCGCGGACAUAAUUUAUCAUAACUCUGGUUUUAUUUGGCCUAUCAACACAAUUUAAAAACUGGUAUAUAGGUUGAGGUCCUCACUUUUGAGAUAAGUUGAAACGGAGAGUCAACGAGGCUCCGUCUUGCAGCUACAUCCGGUUAAAUAUGUCAUGUGACUUGAACGCACACACACACACACAGACACACACACACACACACACACACACACUCAGAGUCUGUUUUUUAGCACCUGCAAAAACAUGCUGUUUACAUAUUUGACAAGAAUGCAGAGGCUUCCUUUUGCCCCUGAAAAAAAUCAAAUUUCAAACACAACUUGACUGUUCAUUUCUCCAAAAGACAACCAUGAAGCUCCAUCCAAACCUGAAGCAGGCAGUUGGUGCAUGUGUACAGUAACCUGAGGGGAGUGAGGUGACUGCUUCUGAGGAGAACAUGAGCAGUGAAGAUUCACCUUGGAGCUAGAACAGGGACGUGCACAUGAUUAUACAGGGGCAGGGGCUCAAGUUUUUUCCAGUCAUUUAUACAAUAUGGAAAUUAAUGUGAAAUUAAAAAACAAAGUAUUAAUAGAAAGGUUAUGACUGUCCUGUGUAGAUGACAGUGAUAUCCAAUAGGCUAGGCACUCACGAGGCUGGCUGUGGCAGGUGUAAGUGAAAGCAACACGCACUGGCAGGAAGAACAGCAAACGCCGAUGAAGGAAAGGGUCUUUGCAGUGAUGGGCGUUACCAGAGAGGGCGAUGGCCAGAGGACGCGAAUGGGACGGGGAGGCAGCGCGUUGGGGGGGGCAGCGCGACACGGCUCGGGCCCGCCAGUGCCCCAACGGGGCCCUAGUUAGGGCCCGAGCGUAGCUGCUAAGCAGCUGCGAGAGCCCUAUUGUUCCUGAUGGAUUCUUCUUUCUUCUUCUUCUUCUUAUUAGGGCCCGAGCAUAGCUGCUAAGCAGCUGCGAGAGCCCUCUUGUUCCUGAUGGAUUCUUCUUUUGUUAUUAGGGCCCGAGCCAGCUGCAGAGCAGCCGGGCGUAGAGCCCUAUUAUUCCUGUAUAGGUUUUUCUUUCUUCUUUCUUUCUUUCUUUCUUCUUAUUUUUCCUCCCCUUUGAAGGGGAAAAUGGCCCACUUCCCACUGGCGAAAACUCAGGAAAUUUGGCAGGACGACCGGGCCUGGUGAAAAAUUCGAUAUUCUGAAGUCGCCCAAACAAUAAAAUGCAAAAUGGCUCCAUAGCGCCCCCUAAGGCGAAAAUUCACACUAUUGACUGUCACGCCUGUACGCUUUGUCAUAUUGACACAAAAAUUGACACACACAUGUAUCUCAAUAAGAUCUACAAAAAAGUCAGUGCGGGCGUAUCUGUCAAAUGUACGGUUAAAGGGUUAUUUCGCAUUUUUUGCAGAUCCGCACACAUUGGAAUUUCGCUAACUCCUCCGAAGGCUUUCGUUCCACCGGCACCACAUUUGCUCAGGCCAAUCUACACUCCAUGGCCAUUCAAAGUUGUACAAAUCAUGAUGCUGCACUCCAUGGUUUAGGUUCUAGGGGGCGCCAAAAAUAACCCAAAAAUCCACAUUCUUAAAAGUUUUAUAACUUUUUUUUUUGUCCUCACUGGCCUCCAAGUUUUCUAGGAUGAUGCAAUGUCCAGCCAUCAACACAUUUGUAAAGGAAUUUUUACUCCCCAAAAGAGCGCCCCCCCAUGGCAGGACAAAAAAUCAAUUUUUUCUUGUCCCCUAAGGUGAAAAUACACAUUGUUGAGAUUCACGCCUGUAUGCUUUGUCAAAAUGACACAAAAUUUGACACACACGUGUAUCUCAAUAAGAUCUACGAAAAAGUUAAUGGGCACGUAUCUGUAAAUUGUACGGUUAAAGGGCUAUUUCGCAUUUUUUUGCCGAUUCGCACGCAUCGGAAUGUAGCUAACUCCUCCUAAGGCUUUCGUCCCACUGACACCAAAUUUUUGUCAGGCCAAUCUAUACCCCAUGGCCAUUCAAAGUUGUAAAAAUCAUGACGCUGCACCCCACGGUUUACGUUUUAGGGGGCGCCAAAGAUGACCCAAAUAUCCAUAUUCUUUAAAGUGUUAAAACAUUUUAUUUUUGUCCUCACUAGCCUCCAAGUUUUCUAGGAUGAUGCAAUGUCCAGCCAUCAACACAUUUGUGAAGGACUUUUUUCUCGUUAAAAGAGCGCCCCCCCCCCCCCCCCCCCCAUGGCAGGAGAAUAAAGUCAAGUUUUUCCUGUUCAUCGUUCAAUGGCUCAAACACAUCGCUCUCUCGGCAAAAGCGAAAGGAGAAGCAAUUUGCCAUUUGGAUAUUUCCUAGCUGUGUUUGUGCCCUCACUCGUGGUCCAGACUUUUUUCAAAUAGGACAUGUAGUUUGUCUGCAGCCAGCGUUUCGGUAGAAACUGCGCCUCCCAUUCAUUAUAAUGGGAAAUGACCAAAGACAGGUGUGCACACUAUCUUUGGACCUCGACUGUGACGUCACAGUAUGACAUUCAAAUGUUAUUUGACCUCUGACCUUUGGUGGAGACGUGAACCUUUCAACCUGCAAAAACAGCGUUUCAAUAGCUCUUACGGCUUUUCUACAAAUACACUUUGUUCUGCUGCUCCUACUGUCUCUUCAGAGCUGCUUCACAGAUCAUCAAAGAGUGUGCAUGUGUGUAAUAAUAUAAUCAUUUUUAGUGACAAUGAUUUUUAGUGACAUCAUACAUUUGUUUUUUUCAGCAGAGGCAGCCACCUUAAAUGUUGACGUGUGUUUUCUGCAGUUGCAUCACAUGGCCACAGGGUGCCAGUGUUGGACUCAUUUUCCAGGGUCUAUUGUUGUUGCUAACAUGUAUUUGUAAAAUCAAACCCCUAUUUUUAUAAUAGAAAAUGUCCUGUGAAGAUUUGUCCACUGCAGUGACCGUUAUACGUGAAAGGGUUAAUUGUGUAGUGGAAGUGUUUAGUGUUUAGGAUACACACACACAGACACACACACACACACACACACACACACACACACACACACACACACACACACACACACACACACACAGAGUCUGUUUUUUAGCACCUGCAAAAACAUGCUAUUUACAUAUUAGACAGGAAUGCAGAGGCUUGCCCCUGAAAAAAUCAAAUGUCAAACGCAAAUUGGCUGGUCAUUUCUCCAAAAGACAACCAUGAAGCGCUAUCUAAACCUGAAGCAUGCAGUUGCUGCAUGUGUACAGUAACCUGAGGGGAGUGAGGUGACUGCUUCUGAGGAGAACAUGAGCAGUGAAGAUUCACCUUAGAGCCAGAACAGGGACGUGCACAUGAUUAUAGAGGGGCAGGGGCUCAAGUCUUUUCCAGUUCUUUAUACAAAAUGGAAAUUAAUGUGAAAUUAAAAAACAAAGUAUUAAUAGAAAGGUAAUGACUGUCCUGUUUAGAUGACAGUGAUAUCCAAUAGGCUAGGCACUCACGAGGCUGGCUGUGGCAAGUGUAAGUGAAAGCAACACGCACUGGCAGGAAGAACAGCAAACGCCGAUGAAGGAAAAGGGUCCUUGCAGUGAUGGGCGUUACCAGAGAGGGCGAUGGCCAGAGGACGCGAAUGGGACGGGGCGUGACACGGCUCGGGCCCGCCAGUGCCCCAACGGGGCCCUAGUUAUUAUUAGGGCCCGAGCGUAGCUGCUAAGCAGCUGCGAGAGCCCUCUUGUUCCUGAUGGAUUCUUCUUUCGUUAUUUUUCCUCCGCUUUAAACUGGAAAAUGGCCCACUUCCCACUGGCGAAAACUCAGGAAAUUUGGCAGAAUGACUGGGCCUGGUGAAAAAUUUGAUAUUCUGAAGUCGUCCAAACAAAAAAAUGAAAAAUGGCUCCAUAGCGCCCCCUAUGGUGAAAACUCACCUGAUGCCUGUACGCUUUGUCAAAAUGACACAAAAUUUGACACACAUGUGUAUCUCAAUAAGAUCUACGAAAAAGUCAGUGCGGGCGUAUCUGUCAAAUGUACGGUUAAAGGGCUAUUUCGCUUUUUUUGCCGAUCCGCACACAUUGGAAUUUCGCUAACUCCUCCAAAGGCUUUCGUUCCACUGGCACCAAAUUUGCUCAGGCCAAUCUACACCCCAUGGCCAUUAAAAGUUGUACAAAUCAUGACGCUGCACCCCACGGUUUAGGUUCUAGGCGGCGCCAAAGAUAACCCAAAAAUCCACAUUCUUAAAAGUCUUAUAACUUUUUAUUUUUGUCCUCACUGGCCUCCAAGGUUUCUAGGAUGAUGCAAUGUCCAGCCAUCAACACAUUUGUGAAGGAGUUUUUACUCCCCAAAAGAGCGCCCCCCCAUGGCAGGAGAAAAAGUCCAUUUUUUCUUGUCUCCUAAGGUAAAAAUACACAUUGUUGAGUGUCACGCCUAUACACUUUGUCAUAUUGACACACAAUUUGACAAUCACGUGUAUCUCAAUAAGAUCUACAAAAAAGUCAAUAGGCACGUAUCUGUCAAAUGUACGGUUAAAGGGCUAUUUCGCAUUUUUUGCCGAUUCGCACACAUUGGAAUGUGGCUAUCUCCUCCUAAGGCUUUCGUCCCACCGAUACCAAAUUUGCUCAGGGCAAUCUACACCCCAUGCCCAUUCAAAGUUGUAAAAAUCAUGCCGCUGCACCCCACGGUUUACGUUCUAGGGGGCGCCAAAGAUGACCCAAAAAUCCACAUUCUUAAAAGUCUUUUUGGUCACUGCAGGAGUACAGAGUACUGCAGGAUACACACACAUACACACACACACACACACACACACACACACACACACACACACACACUCAGAGUCUGUUUUUUAGCACCUGCAAAAACAUGCUGUUUACAUAUUUGACAAGAAUGCAGAGGCUUCCUUUUGCCCCUGAAAAAAAUCAAAUUUCAAACACAACUUGACUGUUCAUUUCUCCAAAUGACAACCAUGAAGCUCCAUCCAAACCUGAAGCAGGCAGUUGGUGCAUGUGUACAGUAACCUGAGGGGAGUGAGGUGACUGCUUCUGAGGAGAACAUGAGCAGUGAAGAUUCACCUUGGAGCGAGAACAGGGACGUGCACACGAUUAUACAGGGGCAGGGGCUCAAGUUUUUUCCAGUCGUUUAUACAAUAUGGAAAUUAAUGUGAAAUUAAAACACAAAGUAUUAAUAGAAAGGUAAUGACUGUCCUGUGUAGGUGACAGUAAUAUCCAAUAGGCUAGGCACUCACGAGGCUGGCUGUGGCAAGUGUAAGUGAAAGCAACACGCACUGGCAGGAAGAACAGCAAACCCCGAUGAAGGAAAAGGGUCUUUGCAGUGAUGGGCGUUACCAGAGAGGACGAUGGCCAGAGGACGCGAAUGGGACGGGGAGGCAGCGCGUUGGGGGGGGGCGCGACACAGCUCGGGCCCGCCAGUGCCCCAACGGGGCCCUAGUUAUUAUUUUUCCUCCGCUUUAAACUUGAAAAUGGCCCACUUCCCACUGGCGAAAACUCAGGAAAUUUGGCAGGACGACCGGGCCUGGUGAAAAAUUCGAUAUUCUGAAGUCGCCCAAACAAUAAAAUGCAAAAUGGCUCCAUAGCGCCCCCUAAGAUGAAAAUUCACACUAUUGACUGUCACGGCUGUACGCUUUGUCAUAUUGACACAAAAAUUGACACACACAUGUAUCUCAAUAAGAUCUACAUAAAAGUCAGUGCGGGCGUAUCUGUCAAAUUUACGGUUAAAGGGUUAUUUCGCAUUUUUUGCCGAUCCACACACAUCGGAAUUUCGCUAACUCCUCUGAAGACUUUCGUUCCAUCAGCACAACAUUUGCUCAGGUCAAUCUACACCCCAUGGCCAUUAAAAGUUAUUCAAAUCAUGACGCUGCACCCCACGGUUUAGGUUCUAGGGGGCGCCAAAGAUAACCCUAAAAUCCACAUAUUUAAAAGUCUUAUAACUUUUUAUUUUUGUCCCCACUGGCCUCCAAGUUUUCUAGGAUGAUGCAAUGUCCAGCCAUCAACACAUUUGUGAAGGAAUUUUUACUCCCCAAAAGAGCGCCCCCCCAUGGCAGGAGAAAAAAGUCCAUUUUUUCUUGUCCACUAAGGUGAAAAUACACAUUGUUGAGUGCUACGCCUGUAUGUUUUGUCAUAUUGACACAAAAUUUGACAUACACGUGUAUUUCAAUAAGAUCUACGAAAAAGUCAAUGCGCGCGUAUCUGUCAAAUGUACGGUUAAAGGGUUAUUCCGCAUUUUUUGCGGAUCCGCACACAAUGGAAUUUCGCUAACUCCUCCGAAGGCUUUCGUUCCACCGGCACCACAUUUGCUCAGGCCAAUCUACACCCCAUGGCCAUUAAAAGUUAUUCAAAUCAUGACGCUGCACCCCACGGUUUAGGUUCUAGGGGGCGCCAAAGAUAACCCUAAAAUCCACAUAUUUAAAAGUCUUAUAACUUUUUAUUUUUGUCCUCACUGGCCUCCAAGUUUUCUAGGAUGAUGCAAUGUCCAGCCAUCAACACAUUUGUGAAGGAAUUUUUACUCCCCAAAAGAGCGCCCCCCAUGGCAGGAGAAAAAAGUCCAUUUUUUCUUGUCCCCUAAGGUGAAAAUUCACACUAUUGAAUGUCACGCCUUUACGCUUUGUCAUAUUGACACAAAAAUUGACACACACAUGUAUCUCAAUAAGAUCUACAAAAAAGUUAGCGCGGGCGUGUCUGUCAAAUGUACGGUUAAAGGGUUAUUUUGCAUUUUUUGCCGAUCCGCACACAUUGGAAUUUCGCUAACUCCUCCGAAGGCUUUCGUUCCACCGGCACCACAUUUGCUCAGGCCAAUCUACACCCCAUGGCCAUUAAAAGUUGUACAAAUCAUGACGCUGCACCCCACAGUUUACGUUCUAGGGGGCGCCAAAGAUAACCCAAAAAUCCACAGUCUUAAAAGUCUUAUAACUUUUUAUUUUUGUCCUCACUGGCCUCCAAGUUUUCUAGGAUGAUGCAAUGUCCAGCCAUCAACACAUUUGUGAAGGAAUUUUUUCUCCCCAAAAGAGCGCCCCCCCAUGGCAGGAGAAAAAGUCAAGUUUUUCCUGCCCAUCGCUCAAUGGCUCAAACGCAUCGCUCUCUCGGCAAAACCGAAAGGAGGAGCAACUUGCCAUUUGGAUAUAUACAAGCUGUGUUUAUGCCCUCACUCAUGGUCCAGACUUUUUUCAAAUAGGACAUGGAGUUUGUCUGCAGCGAGUAUUUUGGUAGAAACUGCGCCUCCCAUUAAUUAUAAUGGUAAAUGACCACAGACAAGUGCGCACACCAUCUUUGGACCUUGAAUGUGACGCGAUCGGGAGGGGUAGGCGGUCGCGCUGGGGGCGGUGCAACACGGCUCGGGCCCGCCAGUGCCCCAACGGGGCCCUAGUUAUUAUUUUUCUGCCCCUUUGAACUGGAAAAUGGCCCACUUCCCACUGGCGAAAACUCAUGAAAUUUGGCAGGACGACCGGGCCUGGUGAAAAAUUCGAUAUUCUGAAGUCGCCCAAACAAUCAAAAGCAAAAUGGCUCCAUAGCGCCCCCUAAGGUGAAAAAUUCACAUGAUUGAGUGUCAUGCCUGUACGCUUUGUCAAAAUGACACAAAAUUUGACACACACGUGUAUCUCAAUAAGAUCUACGAAAAAGUCAGCGCGGGCGUAUCUGUCAAAUGUACGGUUAAAGGGCUAUUUCGCAUUUUUUGCCGAUCCGCACACAUUGGAAUUUCGCUAACUCCUCCGAAGGCUUUCGUUCCACCGGCACCAAAUUUGCUCAGGCCAAUCUACACCCCAUGGCCAUUAAAAGUUGUACAAAUCAUGACGCUGCACCCCACGGUUUACGUUCUAGGGGGCGCCAAAGAUAACCCAAAAAUCCACAUUCUUAAAAGUCUUAUAACUUUUUAUUUUUGUCCUCACUGGCCUCCAAGUUUUCGAGGAUGAUGCAAUGUCCAGCCAUCAACACAUUUGUGAAGGAAUUUUUACUCCCCAAAAGAGCGCCCCCCCAUGGCAGGAGAAAAAAGUCCAUUUUUUCUUGUCCCAUUAGGUGAAAAUACACAUUGUUGAGUGUCACGCCUGUACGCUUUGUCAUAUUGACACAAAAUUUGACAAUCACGUGUAUCUCAAUAAGAUCUACGAAAAAGUCAAUGCGCACGUAUCUGUAAAAUGUCGGUUAAAGGGCUAUUACGCAUUUUUGGUCGAUUCGCACACAUUGGAAUGUGGCUAACUCCUCCUAAAGCUUUCGUUCCACCGGCACCAAAUUUGCUCAGGCCAAUCUACACCGCAUGGCCAUUAAAAUUUGUACAAAUCAUGACGCUGCACCCCACGGUUUACAUUCUAGGGGGCGCCAAAGAUAACCCAAAAAUCCACAUUCUUUAAAGUCUUAUAACUUUUCAUUUUUGUCCUCACUGGCUUCCAAGUUUUCUAGGAUGAUGCAAUGUCCAGCCAUCAACACAUUUGUGAAGGACUUUUUUCUCCCUAAAAGAGUGCCCCCCCAUGGCAGGAGAAAAAGUCAAGUUUUUCCUGCCCAUCGCUCAAUGGCUCAAACACAUCGCUCUCUCAGCAAAACCGAAAGGAGGAGCAACUUGCCAUUUGGAUAUAUCCUAGCUGUGUUUGUGCCCUCACUCAUGGUCCAGACUUUUUUCAAAUAGGACAUGUAGUUUGUCUGCAGCGAGCGUUUUGGUAGAAACUGCGCCUCCAAUUCAUUAUAAUGUAAAUGACCACAGACAAGUGCGCACACCAUCUUUGGACCUUGAGUGUGACGCGAUCGGGAGGGAGAGGCGGUCGUGUUGGGGGCGGCGCGACACAGCUCGGGCCUGCCAGUGCCCCAACGGGGCCCUAGUUAUUUUUCUGCCCCUUUGAACUGGAAAAUGGCCCACUUCCCACUGGCGAAAACUCAUGAAAUUUGGCAGGACGACCGGACCUGGUGAAAAAUUCGAUAUUCUGAAGUCGCCCAAACAAUCAAAAGCAAAAUGGCUCCAUAGCGCCCCCUAAGGUGAAAAAUUCACAUGAUUGAGUGUCACGCCUGUACGCUUUGUCAAAAUGACACAAAAUUUGACACACAUGUGUAUCUCAAUAAGACCUACAAAAAAGUCAGUGCGGGCGUAUCUGUCAAAUGUACCGUUAAAGGGCUAUUUCGCAUUUUUUGCCGAUCCGCACACAUUGGAAUUUCGCUAACUCCUCCGAAGGCUUUCGUUCCACCGGCACCAAAUUUGCUCAGGCCAAUCUACACCCCAUGGCCAUUCAAAGUUGUACAAAUCAUGACGCUGCACCCCACGGUUUACGUUCUAGGGGGCGCCAAAGAUAACCAAAAAAUCCACAUUCUUAAAAGUCAUAACUUUUUAUUUUUGUCCUCACUGGCCUCCAAGUUUUCUAGGAUGAUGCAAUGUCCAGCCAUCAACACAUUUGUGAAGGAAUUUUUACUCCCAAAAAGAGCGCCCCCCCAUGGCAGGAGGAAAAGUCCAGUUUUUCUUGCCCCCUAAGGUCAAAAUUCACAUUAUCAAGUGUCACACCUGUAUGCUUUGUCAUAUUGACACAAAAUUUGACACACACGUGUAUCUCAAUAAGGUCUACAAAAAAGUCGGCACGGGUGCAUCUGUAAAAUGUACGGUUAAAUUUUUUUUGGCGAUUCGCACACAUUGGAAUGUGGCUAACUCCUCCUAGAGCUUUCGUUUGUCCGGCACCAAAUUUGCUCAGGCCAAUCUACACCCCAUGGCCAUUCAAAGUUGUACAAAUCAUGACGCUGCACUCCACGGUUUACGUUCAAGUGGGCGCCAAAGAGGACCCAAAUAUCCACAUUUUUAAAAGUCUUAUAACUUUUUAUUUUUGUCCUCACUGGCCUCCAAGUUUUCUAGGAUGAUGCAAUGUCCAGCCAUCAACACAUUUGUGAAGGAAUUUUUUCUCCCCAAAAGAGCGCCCCCCCAUGGCAGGAGAAAAAGUCAAGUUUUUCCUGCCCAUCGCUCAAUGGCUCAAACGCAUCGCUCUCUCGGCAAAACCGAAAGGAGGAGCAACUUGCCAUUUGGAUAUAUACUAGCUGUGUUUGUGCCCUCACUCAUGGUCCAGACUUUUUUCAAAAAGGACACAGAGUUUGUCUGCAGCGAGCGUUUUGGUAGAAACUGCGCCUCCCAUUCAUUAUAAUGGUAAAUGACCACUGACAAGUGCGCACACCAUCUUUGGACCUUAAGUGUGACACGAUCGGGAGGGGGAGGCGGUCGCGCUGGGGGCGGCGCAACACAGCUCGGGCCCGCCAGUGCCCCAACGGGGCCCUUGUCAUUUAUUUGAUCUGGGAUUUCAGCCAACUGUAACUCUCUGCUGUUCAGAUCUGCACUGUGAGCUCUAAUCCUGACAGGUAAAUUCUUUCUCCUUGGGUCGUGUAAAAAGGAGAAAAAGUGAGCAAGCAAGAGUCCUCAGCAUUUUAAUUUGAGGUGGAGUCAUGACAGAUGUGACACAUUUCAUUGAUAAUCUUUAGUCUUGAAGUUUGCUAUUGUGUGUAAUGACUCUGUAAUCAUGUAUUCUGGUUUCACUGAACCAAAUAAACUGGGAGAAGAAAUACCAAACAGAACACUGAUGGUGAACUCUAACCGAGGUUAAGGGCUCUAUUUUCGUGCUUCGCCGGAGACGUGGCGCAACAAGGUGUUCCCAAGCACAAUUUGGUAUUUUGGUGACCGGCGCAGCCUGGUUUAAGUAUCCCCCCUCCCUAACUCAGCUCCUCCAGGCGGCGUAAGUCAUUGCAAGGGAGGAGAGAGGGGGCGUUGAGUGGCUUUAACACAGCCGAAAUACCUACCAAAGGUAUUUCCGCUACCAAAAAACCACUCGACCAGCUGUGCUCUGCCUGCACUGAAAGCUGACCAGGUUUGAAUUGGCGCACUUUAUACGCCACUGGCAAGCACAAAAAUGUCACUGCAGCAGCUGAUUCUGCCGACACCUCCCUCUGCCACGCCACCAAGAAGACCUCUUCAGAGGGACCUCCAGACCACCGCGGCUGGAUGCACCAGCCUGCCUCCGCGCCCCUUAGGAACACCCGCUGCUCACGGGAAUAAAAGUAAAUAGAAGCAAGUCCAAAGAUGAAUACAAAAUAUGGUAAACACACGUGAUUUCAGCCAAAGCACUAAAAUGGUAAAACUUACAGCUUCCACAUUCGAAGUUGGGUCCCUGACACGGACAGUCAGUACGGAUCCACGUUUUAUCUUCAGCUUCUUAGUGAAUCCUAAUUUGAUUUGGCCUUGGUUGGUAAAACAAUCCAUGGUGGAAUGGUUAGCACACACAUACAACAUUUUCAGAGUUGUUGUGGGUACAUUUCCAUCAAAAAUAAAUUAAUCUGCUGGGUCCUCAAAUCUUCAGACAAAGGAGGCAGAAAUAGAUUCCUGUCUUUGAAACAAGAAGCAGCUGGGUCAUAGCUGACAUGGUUGCUGUACCGGAGCGGCAUAUGCAAGGGGAAAAAAUGGCGGACGUUAUCAGAUGUUUCAUAAUAGGUGACCUUUAAGUCUUAACAUUUAUCAUUGAUAAAAUAUAAACAAUUAUAAUUCUGAAAUAAAGCCCUGCCUCAAAAAAAGCCUGCUUCAUAAAGACCUGGCCUAUAUUUAAGGUAUUUUAAUGAUGAACCUCAGAAACUGUAAGAAGAGCUGUGAACCAAGGACUACUCAGUGCAGUAUAGUAAUGAGGGUCAACAAGGUUUUCUUCUAAACUUGAACUUCUGCCAGUUUAAACUAACUGUCAGAUCAGAGCAGACCUGAAGAAACCACAAACCUCCAUCUUAUCUCAUACACAAACAGAUAAACUAUCUUGACCACGAAGAGCUGAGGUAAUGAUGACCGUGUUUCGGAACAGAUACAAAAGAAAAUGAGUUGAAAAACCUCCACCUUUGUCUCUGUGUCUCUCUGACAGAUCGAGGUGGGUUCCCUCGCACCAGACUCUGCCCUUUCCCCGCCACUGCCCACUCCUGAACAGGAGGAGGAGACGACUCCGCCCACCCAGCCCCAUCUCCCCACCCACCCUCCAUCCCCAGUCACUCUCAACUUUAGAGGUCCGGGUCUGUUUGGACCUGAGACCGGUCUUGGUAAGUCAGAGUGUGACCUGUUAUACCUGUUCCAUAUUUCUGUAUAUCAUUGUAAAGCCGCAUUCAGACCAAACAUGACCUGAAGCGACCUAGUCGCGUUGGUCGCUGUAACCACGUUGUGUCGCACCCUGGUGUGUUCAACCCGGGUCCAAAGCUGCAGUUGCGAAGGUCGCAGGACGCGGCUGGUUGCCGAUGACCAGCUUCUCCUACCUUCCUUCUCCCUCCUUUUCUCCCUCAUAUAUACAUCCCGCAGCCCCUUCCAGCGCUUGCGGCACACAUCCACUGCAAAUACACACACACACACACACACACGUUGAAACAUGUAGCCUAGCAAGCAGGGGCAGUUUGAUAUGUUUUCAGAAAGUAGUCUGCUCACUGAAAUAAAUAAACAAACAAACUUACCAGAAAGCCCAACAUCAUUGGCCACCUUCGCCCAUGCCUCCUCCUUGGAGAUGCGGUCCCGGUAGAACGCGCACCCCACAUCGUACAAGACUGGGUGAUUACUUACGGCAGUGAUAAGCCUAGUCGCAUCAGGUUGUGGCUGUACAUAGACUUUGCAUUGGAAGUCGUUGCUCAAGUUGCCGAGGUCGCGUUUGGUCUGAACGCGGCUUAAGAGGUCUGCCCCCUGUUCACCUGCAGGUAUGCCAACAUGUCUGCUGUGUGUAUGUAUCAGCGGGAGUGUUUACUGUGAUGACUCAGGUCUGGACCAGGUCCCACCCCUUCCCAAAGACACUACCCGCUUCUAUGGACGCUUUAACAGGAUUCGGCACGUGAGGAAAACUGACUUCAUGUACCUGAGUAAGGACAUACUCACCUGUCCACACCUGUCCAGAAUCUCUUCCAUUAAGAUUUAACUGUACUUUUGCACCUAGUUCACCUAUCAUAAGCACACCUGUAGAACCUGUCAGUUAAACUAAAAGACCUACUGUGCUUUUAUUUUCAGAGCAGCUGCUGUCGAUUGACCUGUCAGGCAACAUGAUCUCAGAGAUAGACGAGGAUGUGUUUGCAUCUCUGUCUCACCUGCAGGACUUGAUCUUACCUUUUAACCAGCUGCAGAUGUUACCUGAGUUGUCGCAGUCUCUUAGACUUGUCGACGUCAGGAACAACCGCUUGAGCAGCAGGGGACUACACGCUGAGGCCUUUAAGGUAAGAACCAGGUGACUCAGGUAAAAUUUACCUGUGAGAUGUGAAGAGCCUGCCCCUGAAGACAACCAGCUGAAUAACAGGGGAGGCAGAAAACUUUGUUGUCAUGGAGAUGGUGAGGUAAUCUCAUGACAGGAGUUUAUUCGAACAGGUCUGAUCAGGUAAAAAUGCACUGAGCAUGCUCAGUCUGAAACAUCGCUCAUACAGGUAAGAUAUUCACUGUAUUCUAACAAAGUGGAGGUGUUCAUUGUUUUUUUUUACUGAGGUAAUCUCUGUACCUAACUGUAUCUGUCAGGUCAUGAAUAAUGUUGAUUUUUCUGGAUUUUCCAAAUUCAUCCAGAUUUAUUCUGUUGUAUCCUACACAAUUUAUCCAAAUAUAUCUGGAUUAUCCUGAUUCAUCCUGAUUAAUUUAUUCUGAUUCGUCCUUGUUUAUCCUGAUUCAUAGUUUAUAUUGCCUUAUCCAGGUUUUUAGUGUCUCACCAGGUUUAGCUCAAAUUUUUCUUUUUUUUGGGGAUUCUUUUUUUAAACAUUGUUAGGAAUAUAUGUGUGAGUGUCCAAAUGUGAGUAUCUGUGUGGAUGUGUCUGCAUGUAAAAGUGAGCAUGUAGCUGUGUGGAUGUACCUGUUUGGGAGUGUCUUUGUGAGAGUGAGUGGGAGUGGUUGUGUGAGAGUGUCUGUGGCUGUGUCUCAUUUCAGAGACCGCACCGUCAAACGGCGCAUUUGAAGUGUGCGGGAUGUCAUCACGCGGUGCAAAAGGUGUCCCAUUUGGCUCAAAAUGCUGAGCGUGCUUCAAUUUCGGUCUCAAAACCACACUACCCCCGCCCCUUUUUCAAGCGUGCAUUUAUGCACGCUUUCGUGGCCUUGGUAUCCCAGAAUUCUUUGCGUGCCACUGCACAGUUGUGCAUUUUGGAUGACAGGUCAGACUCGCUUGAAGAUGCAGCCAGCUUCAAAGAAAAUAAUACUUAGAGAUUAAAGUUGUAGACUUAGGAGAAUAAAGUCAUAGAGUAUAUAAAGUCAUAAAGCUGCUUUUGUGGGGGGGGAAAUGACUGAAGCUGGUCAUCUGCAGGGUUAUCUGUGGAUGUAUCAGCGGGUCAUUCAGAGAGAUUUCGUGGUUUCUGAAGAAACAAUCCAACAGAUGAAUUUGUGAUUAAGAGGGAGUUGAGCUCCGACGAGCACAACGUCUCUGACACCGGCGGUAACCUACAUCUGCAGAGACACCAACACCUUAUUAUGGCAUAUGGAUUCAUAUCAUAAACUAAAGCUCAAUGCCAUUCACAGCUAUUUACAGCUGCAUUGACGGAUUUAUCCGCAGCAUAUCAAUUUCUGCCUCCACGAAAGCAGCGAUUUCCUCCAAGUCCACCUGUUUUUUUCGUGAAAAGACUCAUUUCUCAUCUAUUCUUUUUAAAGUCCUUAUACUUAUGAAAAUGUAAUGCUGAUGUGCCAAAGGAUGAAGUAUCUCCUUGUUUGUGAAACCUAUACUGAAGCAUAGUUUCUUCAAAUGCUUCAUGGCCCUAAUUUUAACAACUCUCCUUUGAAAUAACAGGUAACCUUAUGACUUUAUUCUCAUAAAUUCAUGACUUAAAUCUCGAAGUCUUUAAAAAAAAUUCUCAAUAUGGCCCUCAUACUCCAUACAAAACAUGCCAUCAUUGGAUGAUUUUGUGGAAAUGAUCUGUGCUUGUAUGUAUCAACUGUUGAGUAUCCGUGCAUGGUCGCACAAUUAAAAAAUAACUGCUGCACUCCACGGCUUUUCUUCAUGUCAGUCGUGACGCGUGCCUGGAGGCGGGGACACUGGGCGACUCAACCAGGAAGUCCUCCAAAGGGUAGACCGUCCCAAUUCACAAAAACCAGACCAUCUCACCCAGGGUACUCAAGUCCACAGAACGGCAGUGCACUUGUAUGCAGUCUCUGAAUUGAGACACAGCCAAUAUGGUGGCUGACGCACUGUCCCGUGGGUGAGACCUGUACAUUUUCCAGAUCAGAAUUCAUAUUUUGUGGGAUGUGAAUGAUAAUUAGGAUCCUGAGUGACUUUCAGCAGUGGAGCAGCAGCAGCCUUAGUGUGAUUUUCUCAAUAGUGAUUGGAAAAGUGAUUUAUCUUUGUUUAGACAGGUCGGUGUUUAUUUCCUUCUGGUGAGUUUUUGUAGCCGUCACCUGUUCUUAGUUAGUCGUCCUGUUUUAAAAAGGAUUGUUUUUUGUUGUUAUAAUUAUUAUUGUCUUUAGUUUUGUGAGGAUUGAUUUACUUCUGUAGUGGUUGUCAAAGUACCUGAGUUAUUGUAUAUUCUUGCCAUUCUCUUUUUAUUUCCAUCCUUGCCUGUUUUUUCAAUUGCUUUUUUUGUUAGUCCUUAGUACCUCUAUCCUAUCAGGACACAACAAAACACAUUUUACCUGUAUUCUCCCAAUUAACCUAAUUAUAAUCAUGAUUUAGAGAGAUUUUUUAGUUUUCCCCAGUCUCUCUGGAUUUAACCCAAUUUCCCCUGUUUUACCUUUAUUACCCUCUUGAUUUAUCUGAAUUUUUUUAUUUAUCUUCCCAAUGAAUUGAAUUUUCUUGAACUUAUUUUGAUUUAUCUGGACUUCUCUAGCCUCAGGAUAACUGAGAAACAUACAUGAAUACAAGGAAUGUUUCUCAGUUAUCCUGAUUAAGCUACAAAUCGGGAGAGCAGAACAAGGCUCGGGAACUCAGGAGAGUUUCAGACUCUUUAUUUUGGAAAUGGCAAAGGCAGGUAAACUGCAGAGGACGAGGGAGAAGUUCCUGUUCAAACAGAGACGAGGAGACUCAGGCAGGCUGCUGAGAGGUAGGAGUGAGUAAUUAUCAGGACUGUAGACUGAACAACUAGGACAGGAGUGUGAAGAGCCUGACGUUUAAUACUGCUGGGCUGCUGAGUGGAUGGGCUACAUGUGUUAGACUGGAGACAGGUGAAAGAGAUUGAUGGUAACCAAGAGGGAGAGGCUACACCUACACACAACAGGGGCAAAUGAGGAAAGACGGGUAUGAACAGGAGAGGGAACACCAAAGGACUCUGGGAAACUGAGUCUGAACACUUAGACUGAUAAAUCAGGAUUUGUUUUGUUUAUCCUGAUUAUUCUGAAAUUUUCCUCAACAGUGUGUGAAUGAACCAAACUUGAAGAGGUUAUUGAUCAGAGGUAAAGAUAAAACGUCACUGGCAGUACUGAUCUCUGACAGUUUGAUGGUAUGGUCAAUAAAAAAUUGGUAAAAUUCACUGUACACAGGAUUUCUUAGGUUUACGAAUCUUUGAAUCAGUUUAAUGUGUCAGCAGGUAAAUCAGUGCUCAGGUGUUGUUCAGCAACAGAGCACACUCUGGCAGACCUUCUCAGGUGUUGCGCUCUGAUCUUGUGUGUGUGUGUGUGUUAUUUUUUCUGCAGGACAUGAGUCAGCUGGAGUUUCUUUACCUGUCCAACAAUAAUCUGGAUUAUGUUCCUACCCCACUGCCCCUGAGCCUGAGAGCCAUCCACCUGCAGGUACACACAGCGACAUGCACCUGGGUUUGCACUUGCCUGCAGACACAAACUUGUUUGUAUUUUGACUGUGUAAACGUAAUAACAUCAACUCAAACAUGUUUACCGUAGUCUAAUUAGAGCUUUUGUUUUAUAGGAGCUAAACUUGAAUGUUUUAUGAAUUCUUAUUUUGUUUUUAUUUGAUGGAUAAUUGUUAUUCUAUGGAUUAUUAUCUAUUGAUCAUUUUAUGGAUGCUCAUUUUAUAGAAUAUUAUUUAUGGAUCAUUUUUAUUUCAUGUUCAAAUACUGACUGAUUCUAAUUCCUGACCCUUCCUCUCCCUCUGUCAGAACAAUAACAUCCAGUCUCUGCAUGACGACACCUUCUGUAACCGACUCGACAGAAACUUUAUCCGCAGGAACUUGGAGGACAUCCGCCUGGACGGGAACCCGCUCAACAUCAACCUGUUUGCCUCGGGGUACACCUGUCUGCCCCGUCUACCAGUGGGGAGGCACUGAGCAUGCUCUGCGUGCGCCUCAGAUUUUUAAGCUAGAGAAAAUGACACCUGACAGGUGUGUGUGUGUUGCAGUGGAGAUCAUUUGGUCUGAGUGUUCAAAUUUCUAUAUGACUUUCAUUGUAAUUAAAACUACACGUGACACUAAGUUCAUUAAAUGUGUUUAAUUUAA